GCGCGGCCCCGCCCGCUGUCAGCGGGAGCGCUGCAGGUUGAUCGCGGCGGCUGCAGAUGAGCGGAGCCCGCGCGCGGGCGGGGGGGCGGCCGGGGCAGCGCCGCCGGGGCCGGGUCGGCGGCCGGCGCACUAUGCGAGGCCGGGAGGAUGGCGGUGGAAGCUAUCCAUUGCAAUCUGAAUCCAAAUGGUAUUGAUCACCCUGUCCCCACAGAAGGUAUUAAUCUGCAACUUGAAGGCGAGGGAGUUGAAUCGCCCUCUGUUAAGAACACCAGUAAUCCAAAAGAGCCCGAGUCGAAAGAGACACCCAAGAAACAAGUGGAGCCAGAAAUAUCUAAGUCUGGGACUGUGAAGCUGACCAAGCCUGUGGCGUUAUGGACCCAGCAGGAUGUCUGCAAAUGGCUGAAGAAACAUUGCCCUAAUCAGUAUCAAAUCUACAGUGAGUCAUUCAAACAGCAUGACAUAACUGGCCGUGCUUUGCUGAGGCUUACUGACAAAAAGCUUGAACGAAUGGGCAUUGCCCAGGAAAGCCUGCGACAGCACAUUCUGCAGCAAGUCCUUCAGCUGAAGGUGAGGGAAGAAGUCCGAAACCUCCAGCUGCUUACACAAGAUCUCUACUUAAACCUGGAGAAUGGUUUUUUGAGGGUCAUAGAAAAGCAGCCAGUCCUUACAGGCCAUCAAGUAGAGGAUAAGAUCUACCAGUUCUGCGCUCUUGAGAAGUGUGGCAACCAGAGCUGACAUUCAGUUCACCAAGGUAAUGCUUCCUUGCUUAAUGAGAUUGAUUACUUAAAAACUGUAAUGAUAAGCUUAUUUUUGCCUUGAUUAUGUAGCUUAUUUGGAAAAUACUGUUCUUCAGUAUUUUUAUCGCAUUUCGCUUUUACACAGUAAGAUCUUUGCUGAUUUUUGGAAUGGAUAAGGAGACAAGAAGUGGAUGCAUAUCCCAGUGGCAUCCCUAAGGGACUGAUACAGGGGACAACACUGUCCAAAUGCCUUUGUUAGUGGCCAUGACGAUGAGACAGGGUCUACCCUCAGCAAAUUUGAGUGAAGAUACCAAACUGGGGACAGUGCUUGAUGUGCUGGAGGGCAGCGCUGUCACUCGGAGGGUUGUGGGCAGACCCGAGGAGUGUGCUGACAGAGCCCUGCAGACCUUAGAAAGCUCAGCAGACACCACCACAGAGUCCUGCAUCUGUGACAGAAUAACCCCCUGCACCGGGACAGGCUGGGCCUGGCUGGCUGGGGAGCCCUUUCCUGAAAAAUCUCUUGGGGUCUUGAUAAACAACAAUUUCAGUAUGAACAAGCAGCAUCAUAUUGGGCUGUACAAGCAGCAGGGUAGCCAGCAGGUCAAGAGAACUGAUGGUUCCCUUCUGUUUGGCACUGACGAGGUGACAUCUUGAGCUGUCUGUGCAGUUUUGGGCUCAGUGCAAGAAAGACAUUGACAGACUGGAGUGAAUCAGUGGGUAGGUCACCAAGGUGGCCGGGGGCUGAAACACAUGCUGUAGGAAAAGAGGGUGAGGGCUGGGCUUGUUCAGCCUGAAGACAAGGUCUGGGGGGUUCAGAACAAGAGGCAACAGGCACACGUUGUAAUGUAGAAAAUUCUAAUGAAAUAUAAGGGAGGGGGAAAAGGGUGGUCAAACAGUGGAAUGGGGCCAGAGAAGCUGUGGUUCUCCAUCAUCACAGAUAUUCCAAACUCAACUGGACACGGCCUAGGGCAGCCUGGUCUAACACUAAUCUUGCUCUGAGCAGGAGGUUGAACUAGACACUUCCAGCGGUGCCUUCCAUCCUGCACGGUUCUGUGAUUGAUAGAUGCCAGUGUGUGAGCUAAUUGCCAGAGCUGCCUUUCGCCAGUCACUCUAGGAAAAAUAGGAACCAUCCGAGAUGUUUUAUGUGAUUUUCUUUAGACAUCUGCUAUGGGAGAUCUGAUCUCUUCUCUGGAGUGACAAGCUGAAUAAAUGCCUACCUUCCGUCAAGGGAAUCUUGUGUAGGAUGUCUAACAAUGGCUAAAAUCUAAAGAGGGUUGCUUUUGUUUCUGAGGGUAAAGGAGAUUAGUGAAGGAAUUUAUGCUUUAUUCUGAGACAUCAGAAGGAAGUGACUGAGAAUUUGAAGGCAGAAGGUAACGUGAGUGAAAAUGAUCACAAAAGAUUUUCUGAUCUGAAGGAGAGGAAGGAAUGAGUAAAAGCCGACAAAUAACGUCAAAGGACUUUUAAAGAGCUGGUUUCUUUGAUCUUUGGAAUAGAUAGGUAAGGGCUGGGAAGAGAAGGAAGAGAAAGUUCAAGGGAACUGUUUUUUGGAAGGCAGGAUACCACAGACAUGGCAGCAGACUGUCUCACUGAAGGAAGAAGACACAAAUUAUCAGAAGUACUUAAAGCCUUCUGCGAUUACUUGAAAAUCAGGAAUAUUACAAUUUCUGGGAACAGGACAAUGCAUUGCUGAGGGAAAAAUUUCAAAAGUAGCACAAACUAGUUUAAAGAGUUGCAACUACAAGGGAUAUUAAAAUUCCGGGUUUUUUUGAGACUAUAGAAAUAAGUGAAAGAUGAAGGAAAUUAGAGUUCUGUUACUUUGUGGACAAGGAGGGGAAAGCUGGUCACAAAGAGGAGGAUGAACACUUCAGCCUUUCUUGGAUUCAGUUUUCCCAAACAGGUUAAUCAUGAUGGAAUGCUUUGCCCACUUAAACAGAGGAGAAAGAACACAAGCUGGAAUGGGGAAAAAAGGUUAAAUAUAUGGAGGAAAGCUGGAUACAGUCAAGCCAUUGGGCUCUAAUGAAAUUAGCCUGAGUACCUGGGAGUCAGUUGAGCCCAGCCCUGAACUUCAGCUUUCAUCUUUAAGAACUUGUGAAGGAUGAGGAAGGGCAAACACAUGAAAUGAGAAAGCCUGUCAGCUUAACUUUGAUACAUGGUGAAAUGCUGCAGGAAAUGAUUAAUCAAUUUGUAAACACCUAGAGGAUAAUAAGCUGAUAGAAAACAGCCAGUGUGGAUUUGUUAAGAAAAAAAAAUGUUUCAGACCUCUCUAAUUUCCUUUCUGAAUGGAGUAGGAGGUGUAGCAGAUAGAAAUAGUAGGUAUGUCUUGUCUUUGGUAAGGCUUUUGGCAGUGUUGUGGAAAGGCACGUAGCCACAAGUAAAUAGGGAAAAAGUCAUAUAGGUGAAAUUACUGUGAGGAAGGUGAAGGACUGGUUGAAGUACGGUGUUCAAGGACAGUUACUGUUUGUUUGGCAGAUGGAAGGGAGCCCGGAGCACAGUGCGGUUACUUUCUGCUCAGGAUCGUGUGCUGCUCGUGGUUUUCAUUAGUGUGUUGGCUGAUGGACUGGAGAGUACAGCGGACAGGGACUGUAAGCUCCAGUGGUUUGGGGCAUUGUGGAGGGCGGGUUUGGAGUCCAAAUUGAUCUUGAUAAAAUGCAGAAAUGGUUAAAAUGAGUAAGAUAGGAAUUCAGAAAAUGUAAGUGAGAAGGCCUGCGGUGAGGAAGGGAAAACAAGUGUAUGAAUGCAAACGAGGGAUAUCUGAGUAAGUACCAGUGCUGUGAGAGAGCAUGUGGUGUUGGGAUAUCACAAGCUGAAUGUGAGUCAACAGCCUGGUAGAGCUGGCGGAGAAAAUGGGGAAGAGACCAGACUUCAGCAUAAGUGGGAGUCUCGCGUGAAAACCACGGGAUAUCUCCGACUCUCCUCUCUGUUGGCUCUCUCUCGCUUUGCUGGGGUAGUGUCCAGAGCAGCUUCACACCGUGGAACAACGGAGACAAACUGCAGAAAGCCAGGAAAGAGCUGUAGGAGGGAGCAGAGGUUGAGAAAAGAAUAGUGAGGAAAUACUGAAAGAAUUGAGUACAGGAUGCAAGGACAAAGUUGGAAAGAGACACGGUCUUUCGGGUAUUUUAAAAGAUUUGUAAUAUAAAAUUGUAGUGGUGUUUACUCAUGCCAUCUCUCCCUACCCAAAGGUAAGAUGGAAAGUAGUUAGUUUAGUUUGCACCUAAGGAGGUUUAGUUUGGGUAUUAGAAACUUAGUGUAAACGUAUUGGAGUGGAGUAUUUGAGGAAGUGAGAGUAGAGGAGCAUUGUAGGUGUGAGGAAUAGGGAAGAGUCAGCUGUGAGGAUAUUUGUCUCUGACUCAAGCGAAGGGCUAGGCUAGGUGAUCCUUUUGAAGUCCGCUUCAGUUCUAUGGUUCUGUCCACCAAAGGAAAACACAAAUUAAAGAUGCAAAACAAGAACAAAACUGAUUUAAACCAAGCGUUCCUGUUUGUUAAUUUGAACUGUGAUUAUAUUCAGCAUUUUAAAUAACCCUGGUUUAAAUUGAUCCCUCAUGUUGCUGUGUUGGCAUCUUCUAUUUAUGGAGGUCUUUUACAAUGUCUUUUUGUUUAUUAAAAAAAAUAAUUAGUGUUUGCUCCUUGGUGUGAUAAUCUCUUUGAAUAUGAGUUAUAUGAGUAAUGAUGAAGAGACUAAGAUGUUCUUAAAACUGUUCUGACGUAUUCGUUUUAAUGCCUUGGUUUUUCAGUAAAUUGGCUGAAUCCAUACUGUAAAAACGAGAUACCUCUUGAGACUAUUGUCAUAAUAAGUACCAAUUUCUUAAAUAGGUAGCACUUGCAUAAAGAAAUAUCUCCCCUCUGGAAAUGGACUACUCUCCAAGCACACAGCUUAUCCAGACAGUAGCCUUGUAUAUCUUACUUUAUCCAGCGCUGUACUGGUGACAUUAAUUCAAUGAGGAGACCAGAAUGGGAGCCUGCUAGUUAUUUUUCAUGUUUGAUUUUCUUCUCUAUGAAUUUAAUAUAAAGAUGGUUAUGUUAAGCUAAUUAUACCUUGACUUUUUAUUUUCUGCUGCUGAGAGAAAUCAUGUAGAAGGACUUUUUUUUUUCCUUUUCCCUGAAGAAUGGAACAUUUGACCACGAUUACCAUUUUUUACAUUAGAUAGAACACCUUGCUGUCUAUUACCACAAAUGAUUUAUUAGUACACAGGGCACACGGUUUGAGAAACAGUGUCUGACCAGCAGAUGGGACAUAGUAAUCGCACAAUGCCUGCAGAAUCAAAUUAUGUUUGGCAUUUAAUGGAGACCGAAACUGCAAAAUAAGACUUAAACAAAAAAGAUCUUCAAAAAAGGAAAGCCAAAAAGAAAACAGAAACCAGGUAAUUGCUGGGAUAAAUGUUCUUGCUACAGGAAAUCUGUGCUGAGCAGAGCGGCCAAGGCUUUCUGCCCUUCUGCAUUCUGCUGUCCCCGGCUGUCCUGCUUCCUCUGUCUGCCUCUCUGCACAUAUGUGCCACCCACCCAAGGAAACAAAUAGAAACAACCAGUCCCAGCGUGGUACUUCAGUCCUUCAAGUUGAUUCUGGCCAGGAGGAUUUCUUGUGUAUAAUAAUAGGUUGUACACACACCCAAGACUUGUGCUUCAGUCCGUGUGGAGGGCCCGCGCUCGCCCGCUGGCACAGAAGCCCUGUCAUCCACUGAGCUCCGUUUAGCCAGGUGCUGAGCACCUUUCAUCUGAGAAGAAAGGAUCCUUAACAGCCACUGCUAAAGCUGUUUCUGACUGGUAUAAUGUAUUAACAGCAGGGAUGAAAGAGUUAAUUCAUUUUCCAUCCAUAAUUUUUUUCUUUGUAGAACUGAUUUGACACAGUCUAGCAGGGUGCUGUUACUGAAAAAUUGAAGCACCAGGUGUGAUUAAAUAAGAUCACACGUUUCAUUCCCUCUUUAAUUUCACAUCACCCUUCAGCAGCUGUAUCCCUUCGCUUCCCUAUCGCUGGAGAACGCAUUGCAUUUACAGCAGGCAGCUUGCCGCAUUGGCAGCGCGCACCACUGGGCUGUUGUGAAUCAAAUCUGCUUGUGCACACCAAUUAUUUAUUGUUUAAUGGACCAAACUUAUUAAUCUGUUUGUUUCUCGAGAGUAGAAAAUACAGAGUGCGUUCGGUAAUGGAGGCAAACCUAGCCUGGUUCCUUGGUAUUUCCAGAGGUACGUGCAUGCAGCAGAAUAAGUUUCAUUCCACUGCAAAGAGAGUGAAAAGGUAAAUUGUAAAGACAGUGGUGGACUUGGGAUCCUUUUUCUGUUGUUACCAAGCAUAGCUCUGUAAGAUCUGAUGAAGUCACCUGCUUUUCUGAGAUUUUGUGGCCAGCCACAAGGACACCGAACCACUGUCCUCCUGGCCAUUGCCAAGCAGCAACACUGGUGCCAGGUCACAAAGGUGGCACUGGGGCCACAAUGGCUAUUUGCAGUUAGAACAUGAUGCCACAAAAAAAGAAGAUGAUCGGGUUUUUAACUUUCCAUUGCUUUAAAAUAGCGUUCCUAUGAAAAACUGAAUAGGAGUCUUGGAAUUUUUCUGGUAGUUAUUCCAGGCAACUUUUCUGCUUCCAAACUCUGGCUGGCCUCGCUUCGCAGCCAAGAGCAGCUCAAACCAAAAAGAUUUAUCUCUUUUUGUUUCAGUCCUUGGAAGAAGAGGGGUUUGUUUGCAAUAGUCUGACACUGUUACCUGCGGUAAAAAGUUUGUGCUGAUGUGACAGUGCCCCGGCCUGAAUUGUUCCUGUGCGGUUCUGCCACAGUUAAUCCAGAGAACAGCAGUCUGUGCUCUGUUAUGUGUCAGUUUAUGAUCUGAUGCGUUUCCAUCCUGUGGUGCCGGCCCCAGGGUGCACAGUGCCUGGGAACGUGGGUUGGGUGUUUCAGAACUGGCCUUCCUGCUAGAGCUUUGGCUUCGUUUUCUCCUCCUGCCCCUCUGGUGCCGCACUCCACUCAUGUCCUGCUGCACCCAGUGGUGUUAUCACACAUUUAUACAGCUGUGAUGUUUCAUGGUAGCGCUUCUCUGCAAUUUUGAGCAGCAUUUGCCUGUUGCCUGUUUAUAAAUCCAGGUAUACAGCAGUCUUGCCUGUCCCUCGGCACCCCCACCCCCUGUGUAAACAGCCAGUUUUGCUCACCAAGGACUUGUUAAAAAUGCUGCAUCCGUUAAAAUUAAACAGAUGAACUAAACAAGUAAAGUUGUACCUGAAUGCCAUAGCUCUUUCAUUCCCAAGUGAACAGGGUUUUGUUCCCUGUAGCAUUAUUCUCACAUAAAAGAAGAAAAAUGCCAGGGGAGGGUGGCAGAAGUUUGGAGGUUCUAGGGAUGCAUCUGGGCCUGCAUUUAAGUAUAAAUAACGCCCACGAACAUCCGUCCCUUCUUAUAUCUGAUCUUGGAAGCAGCGUUGGGACCGGCCCAUUUGAUGUCUCCUUUUUUAAAAUGGAUCUCUGCAGAUAAAACUGGCAGCCUGUAGUGCAGUGAGCUGACAUUUAUGCAAACGUGACUUAGUUCAUGCAGGAAAAGAUACUCUUUGAUCUGUGAGAGGACAGAAAAUAAAACUCCAAAGGAAAGCAUUUUCUUUAUGUUAGUAGGCCAGUCUUCAUGGAGGCGGAGGAAGCUGCUCUGACCUUUCUUUCCCGGCACAAUACAGGCUGAGCAUGACUGUCCCAUUCUAAGUGAGACCAGUAUCAAAUCUGUGGUUGGAACUAACUGUCCCAGUUCCUGCAUAAUCAUUGUCACAUGCAAUGGGUUGUGUCUUCUGCAAAUACUUCUAUAGUCACCCUGAGUUGCCUUAAGAUUUACUGCUGUCAACGCAAACAUGAUUAUUAUUUCAAAAAGUGAAAUUAUGUUUAAGCAAUUAUUUCUUUAUCUGCUGGGGAUUUUUUAAAUUAUCAUUUUGAGGUUGCAAUGAAGGGCUUAGGAAAUCUUGUAGGUUGCGAAAGUCACCCAGUAAUGUCAACCUAAAGCAUUAAAAAGUUCAGUGUUGGCCCCCUUCAGAAAUAAUUAGGUUUAAAAGGAACCCACAUUUUGCUCUGAGUUUUUUGGGAAUUUGAGUCUUUAGGCUCUUCUUGGUUUCAGGCUCAAGCAUUAAGACUUUUAAAAAAAACGAAGUAGGCAUUUUCGUGCCAUUCCCUGGUUUGUGGAGCUGUCGCUUUAAGGGAAAUGUGAGAUUAAUAUUGGGAAAGUUGGCAGCAGCCCUCACUCCUCCUGCCAAUGCAAAGCGGGGUGUUACUUUCCCUACUGCUUUCCCGUACCCCUUCUUUUCUUUACAUGGAUGAACUCCUUCUUGCUCAAAACCCAAAUGUUUUUGCCAGUGGUGCUGCUUUUCCAGCAAGGUCCUUUAAUGCUGCUCUUUUCCUCUCCACAUGCAAAGCAGCUUUUGCUCACACCUGCUGUGUGGUAGGAUCCUUCUCCCCGAGGAGAGCACAACAUCUGUUUUGUUUCCUCAAUGGAGAAAGAGAGAGACAUUCUCAAGAAAUUCUCCUCCUUUCCUGCUUGCUAACAACAAAAGAGAUUUUAAAGCAUUUGGUGUUUCAGGAGAGAGGAAAGAACAGUAGUGCCAUAGACGGGAAAAAAACAGCCAUGGAAAAAUAAAUCGAACGUAACUUGAGCUAUAAUUAAAGGUCUUAAAAAAAAGCCAAACUGACGAGUUUGAAAGACAAAUGUGCAUCCUGAAAUGAAGUACCUCUAUGGAAGGAUGUGCUUGGGGUUACAGUGUAGGAUUGCCAUUCAGGACAUCUCGGCUCUAUUUCUGCCCUGGGCUUCCUGGGUGAUGCAAGAACAGAAACUUAACCCUUAUUGCCCUUGAUGGUCCAUAUGUAAAAUUUGGUGGUAUUGUGAGUCUUGGUAUUUCGUAGUGCUUGUCAGCACAUGAUGGAAGCUGCUGUGGCAUUGCAGUGAUGGCAGCUUUUAGUUCAUUAUAUCAAAAAGAGUUCACAUCCUUUAAAAUAUGGGAAGCAUUGUGAGAAAGUGUAUAACUGCAUCCCUGGGGAAUCUGUUUGUUGUUAGCAUAGUGUAACCUGCAGCUUCAGCAGGGGGGCCUGCUUCAGAAUGAGUUAUAAGGUGAGGUAAAGAAGGAGUGUUUGACAGAGGAGGACAGUGCAUUCUGGCCACUGGUGCUGGCCGUGCACGGCGCACGUGCCUUCGAAAGCAGCGGAUUUUGUUACAUGCAAUCUGCUUGCUAGUUAGAAGCCAAACCGAAACCAAAGGCUCUGAGUUGAGCUGUCUGUGAUCUGGGUGGGGGAAAGAUUCACAUCUGUGAGGUGGCUUCUGCUGUGACAUGUAAGAAGCAGCUCACAGGCUGCCCGGUGUGAUCAGUGGGAGAGCCGGGCUCUCCUGCUGCUGCUUGGAAAGUCCACAUGUGCAGCUUUAAGCUACCAAAUAAGCUUUGCAACCUCCCUACGCUCCCAUUUGUGACAUGAUUAGAACUGGUGUCUUACAGAUGGCUAGUUCCAUCACUCAGAAAUUCUUAAACCCAUAUGAAUAAAUGCAAAGAUUUUUAUCUUUUAAAGGUGACCCACAACUCUUUAAACUCUCUUUUAUGUUUACGGUUGAAUACCUCAGCCACUCUGACACCAUUACCGAUUUGCACUCAGCAAAUCUGGAUUUUGUGAGACAAAUGAAAAGUCUCUAAUGCACUGUGGCUUCUUUCUGCAGUACAAAUCAAAAUAAAUCAAAGUUAUUCUCUCCUGUUUUCACUACUGGUAUCAAAACUGUCUCCAAAUCAGCAUGGAAAGGUGCUACGAGGUAAAGUAAGAUGUGGCAUCUUGGUUUAAUCUUUUUGUAGCUAUAUUAGCUACAUAUACUUUUCUUGGUUAUUAUUGUGUGUUUGAAGGGCCAGUACAAAUGACAUUUUUGGAAGUGUCGAAGUAGGAGAUAGUCAUUAAUAGUAUUUCAGGACUCUUAAUUCACCAAGCAUAUGCUUUGUAUAUGUUUCUGCCGAUCACUUUGAAUGAUCUUCUGAAUGUAAAAAUUCACCUGACAAUUUCACAACCUGAUAGGAAUCUCACAACGUCGUAUUUACCCUGAUCUGAUACAUUUGGGACACAUGCUGUGGUUUAAAAUAGAAUAGUGGGGGGUUUAGGCCCAUUUGCUGUAACAUUUCCAUGUUAGUCUGAUGACAGUUGUCCUCUCUCCAAUGCUCAAUGUGAUACCCACAUACAUUCCACUUCCAUUGUUCUCUCUGUUCAUCACUAAAUGGAACCACCAGAUUUCCACCAUCACCAUCCACAUGUCCGACACUGAGGACAAUAUAGCUUAUGGAUAAGCAGCAAAGAGCUAUGGAACAGAAAUGCUUUUUAAAAAAGUAACAACCAAAGAAACUGAAAAUUCAGAGCUUAACGUUGUUUGGGUUGCAGCAGAAGUAAUGAAGUGUGAAAUGUGCUAUUCCCAACCAGCAUGCCAUGCUUUAAUUUACAGAAUAUAUAAUUAUAUAACAUUAACAUUCUGGUACAUCAGUCUUUGACAAAAAUUGAAACGAAAACAGACAAAUGCAUGAAUCUAUUUGUAGGACAAUUAUUGUAAUAGCGGUGGAUAGGAAUACAAACUUAAAUAAUUUUCAUUAUUUUAAGAUUAUGCCCUUAAGAUCCUUUGAUUUUGUGCCCUGGUAAAUACAUGCUGUUGCAAACCAACUUAGUUUAGUAAAUCUUUACUAAUCAUUUGUGGAAGUCCUUCAAGCAUAUGGCUGACUUUAUCUGAAUCCUAUGAGCGUGAGACUAGGGAUCUGCUUAGAGAUCUGCUUUUGAACUUCAGGGAUAAACUGCAUGAGAGAUUGGUUUUCCCACUCAGACCAUGGUCCAUUUACACCAAUGUUCAGCCUUUGGCAGUGGCCCGAAUGAGCUGGUUAACCAGAUGUACAAUGUACAGCAAUUACAAUGAAAAGCACCACAUCCCAUCACUGCAGGCAUCUGCGUUAACCACAGAAUUGUUAGAAUAGGAGAUGCCCUUUUGUUUCAUUUGCAAAGAGAUGACAAAUGUUUACUGUUAAUGGUUCCCACUAUAUGAUUAGAGAGGAAGAGCAGAGAAUCUUUUCCUAAUCUUCUGCGGGCAGAUUUCUCCUUUGAGACACUGUUAGGUCCCAAAUUGACCUCCUGUGCUUGUGGUGCAGUCCAAGUAUCUUUUAUUUAAGCUAUUUUUGAGACAAUCCACUGAAUCUGGAUUGCUCGGGAGACUCUUAGUGGCCUCUGUUGUCAUUUGCUUCCACGUAGCUGAGGCCAGAACUGAACAGAUUAUUAGAAUCAGACAGGAUGGCUUAGGAAAUGAAAUGCUUUUCUAACAUGCUCACUAACGGACAAGUCUCCCCAUCACAAACCUGCCACCAGAGCAUCCACUCUCCUUUGUUUUGCUGUACUGUUUUGUUUUGCUUUUCCCAGAAGCUGUGUGUUGAAAAUCUGAUUAGCUUUCAUCUUUCUACUACUUGAUAGUGAUUUAUCCUGAGCCCACACACAACCUGUGGGACACAGAGUGCACAGGCUGGUUGGGUCCAGAGAUGACCUUUCUGAGCUCCUGUCUCCAGAGGAAGCAGAAUUGUUUAGUCUCUGGGAUGCUAACAGGGUGGUGCUGAGAGACAAACUAAUUUUGGUAGCUUCAUGCAGAAAAAAAUUCCCUCUGAAAUUUAAUGACCUUCUGCAGGGGAAAAAAGGCUUUAGGCAUGAAGAUAGAAGCAGAAGUCAACAAGAUUGUCAUCUGGGGAGUGGAGGGAAUGCAGAAAAAUAAACAACUGGAAUACAUUGGGUGUUUGCGUUAACUAAAAGGUAUUACUUUGACACAGAAGCACAGUUGACAGAGCAGGUAAAGUAUGGUUUUCAACACACCGCUUCGCUGUAUUUAAAACACAGCUCUUGAUCCUUUACAAGAAAUGAAGCAGUAUUUUUAUUAAGGAAUACCUAAUCAUUAGAUACGUUGCACACAUCAUCAAAGGCAUUGAAUUAACGCAUCAUUAAAUUCUGAGAAUCAUCAAAUGGUAUAAUAUAUUAUAGGCAGGAGGAAACUGGGGAGCAUAGUAGGUUGUACUGGAUUUGGGGAAGAGGGUUACGUUUGCGAAAGGAGCAACAAGAAACUCACAUUAUUGAGAUUAUACUGAGGAAGAUCAUGAGACUUCUGUGGUUUUGUGCAUAUAAUAUUUGAAGAGGUGAAUCUGGUUUAAAAAAAAAAAAAAAGAAGAUAAAGCAACAGUAUUUUUAUGAGCGAGUAGUUUUCUUGCAUGUACACAUUAUGCCAUAGAAGAGUGAAUGACGGCAUGGCAUGGGGUUAGAAUCAUAGAAUCUUUUAGGUUGGAAAAGGCCUUUAAGAUCAGGUAGUCCAACCAUAAAUAUAGCACUGCUGACUCCACCACUAAACCAUGUCCCAAAUCACCACAUCUACACGUCUUUUAAACACCUCUAGGAAUGGUGACUCCACCACUUCCCUGGGCAGCCUCUUCCAAUGCCUGACAACCCCUUCCGUGAAGAAUUUUUUUUUGCUAAUAUCGAAUCCAAACCUCCCCUGGCACAACUUGAGGCCAUUUCCUCUCAUCAUCUCACUCAGGAGAAGAGACCAACCCCCUCCUUGCUCCAUCUUCCUUUCAGGCAGUUGUAGACAGCGAUAAGGUCUCCCCUCAGCCUCCUUUUCUCCAGGCUGAACGGCCCCAGUUCCCUCAGCUGCUCCUCAUCAGACUUGUGCUGCAGACCCCUCACCAGCUUUGUUGCCCUUCUCUGAACUCUCUCCAGCAAAUCAAUGUCUUUCUUGUAGUGAGGGGCCCAAAAACUGAACCUAGAAUUCAGGGUGGGGCCUCACCAGUGCCGAGUACAGUGGCACAGUCACUUCUCUAGUCCUGCUGGCCACACUAUUCCUGAUACAAGCCAGGAUGCUGUUGGCCUUUUUGGCCACCUGGGCACACUGCUGGCUCAUAUUCAUCCAGCUGUUGAUCAACACCCCCAGAUCUCUUUCCCCCAGGCACUUUCCAGCCACUCUUCCCCAAGCCUGUAGCGCUGUCUGGGGUUGUUGUGACCCAAGUGCAGGAUGUGUCUCUUGGCCUUGUUGAACCUUAUACAAUUGGCCUCAGCCCAAGGAUCCAGCCAGUCCAGAUCCCUCUAUAGAGCCAUCCUGGCCUCCAGCAGAUCAACACUCCCACCCAACUUGGUGUCAUCUGCAAACUCACUAAGGGUGCACUCAGUCCCCUCAUCCAAAUCAUUGAUGGAAAUUAAACAGAACUGACCCCAGUACUGAUCCCUGUGGAGCACCACACAUGACUGGCUGCCAGCUGGAUUUGAAUCCGUUCACCGCAACUCUUUGGGCCCAGCUAUCCAGCCAGUUUUUACCCAGUGAAGAGUACACCCAUCCAAACCACAAGCAGCCAGCUUCUCCAGGAGAAUGCUGUGGGAAACAGUGUCAAAGGCUUUACUGAAGUCCAGGUAGACAACAUCCACAGCCUUUCCCUCAUCUACUAAGUCGGUCACCUUGUCAUAGAAGGAGAUCAGGUUAGUCAAGCAGGACCUACCUUUCAUAAACCCAUGCUGACUGGGUCUGAUUGCCUCCUUGUUCUCUUCGUGCCAUGUGACGGCACUCAAGGUGAUCUGCUCCAUAACCUUCCCCAGCACCGAGGUCAGACUGACAGGCCUGUAAUUCCUGGAUCCUUUUUCCAGCCCUUCUUGUAGUUGGUGUCACGUUUGCCAAUUUCCACUCAACUGGGACCUCCCCAGUUAGCCAGGGCUGCUGAUAAAUGAUGGAAAGUGGCUUGGGGAGCACCUCUGCCAGCUUCCUCGGUAGCCUUGGCUAGAUCCCAUCCAGUCCCAUAGAAUUGUGUGCGUCUAAGUGGUGUAACGGGUUGCCAACCAUUUCCCUUUGGUUUAUUUGGGCUUCAUUCUGCUCCCUGUUCCUGUCUGUGUACCUGAAGCACAACUGGUCUUACUGUUAAAGGCUGAGACAAAGAACAUAUUAAGUACCUCAGUCUUUUCCUCAUCCUUUCUCGCUAUGUUUCCCCCUUGCAUCCAGUAAAGGAUGGAGAUUAUCCUUCAGUGUCCUUUUGUUGCUCAUGUGUUUAGAGAAAGACCUUUUAUUUUUUUUUAUGGCAGUAGCCAGAUUAAGUUCUAGUUGGACUUUGGCUCUUCUAAUUUUCUCCCUGCAUAACCUCAUGACAUCUUUGUAGUCCUCGUGAGUUGCCUGUCUCUUCUUCCAAGGGCUGUAAACUCUCCUUUUAUUCCCAAGUUUCAGCCAAAGCUCUGUUCAGCCAGGCUGGGCUUCCCCGCCGGUUCAUGUUUUGGCACAUGGGGAUGGCCUGCUCCUGCACCUUUCAGAUUUCCUUCUUGAGGAAUGUCCACAUGUUUGGAACAGAAUUGUUCUCUCUCACCUUGGACCACAAAGUUUCUUAGGAAAAAAGUCUAGAUUGAAUACUAAUGAAAAACAGUUCUACGAGGUUUCACAGGUCAUGUAGUCCAUCCCUUUGCACUAGUGCACAGAAAUUAUAGUCAUAUCUGGAAAAUGGACAGAGUUAUUUUUAGCUGGCAAUAUUAAUGGUUUGUCAGCAUAUCAGAAAUGUCAAUUAUACAAUGACCUGUUAUAAUACUAAUUGGUGUAGCAACCAUACAGUUGCUGAAGGACAUCAUAAUGGGAUGGUCACUUAAUAAAAUUGAUUUGUAUAUAGAAUUAUAGAAUCAUUUUGGUAGGAAGACAUGCUGAGGAUCAUUGAGUCCAACCAUAACCUAAUCUAACUCUAGCACUAAACCAUGUCCCUAAGAACCUUGUCUAAAUGCCUUUUAAACACCUCCAGGGAUGGCGACUCCACCACUUCCCUAGGCACCCUGUUCCAAUACCUGACAACCCUUCCCGUGAAGGAUUUUUUGCUAAUAUCCAAUCUAAACCUCCCCUGGCACAGCAUGAGGCCAUUUCCUCUUGUCCUAUCACUUGCUACUCAGGAGAAGAGGCCAACCCCCUCCAUGCUACAACCUCCUUUCAGGUAGUUGCAGACAGCGAUAAGGUCUCCCCUCAGCCUCCUUUUCUCCAGGCUGAACAGCCCCAGUUCCCUCAGCUGCUCCUCAUCACACUUGUGCUCCAGGCCCCUCACCAGCUUUCUCGCCCCAUCUGCACUCUUUCUAAUAUUUCAAUGUCCUUCUUACAAUGAGGGGCCCAAAACUGAAGACAGGAUUCAAGGUGGGGCCUCACCAGCCCCUGGCCCAUGCACUUUGUUGGCGAUCAAGAGGGAUAACUUUGUUCUUACAGAGAUGGUAAAGUUACAGACCUGCAAGAAUACAAGGCUGGGUACCAAUCCUGAGUAUUUGGUUCAUCUCUGAGGAGAGGAGAUUGCAUUGUUCAUGUACCACUUUGUACCGCUGAUGUUGGAGGCUGUCUCAGUGCAGAGACUGGGACAUUGUGCCCAAGCAGCUACUGGGAAUCUGAGUUGCUGUGGGACUUUUCUAGCUGAUAUUCCACGUUAGACAGUGUUAGGUCUCGCUGGAACUCCCACUGUGCAAAAGCCUGACAGAUGCUUUGGACUGACUCAACAAUAAUACCAGCUUUUUAUUAAAUAUGUGCCAGAGGAAUUCAACAUAUCCCUCAGCUAGCUCAAGUCCUUCUAUGUUCCAUUUAAGAAAUAUGGAUAAAAUGGGCCACAUUAUCACUCAAGUCAUUAAUAUAUAACCUAUAAAAAGAAAAAAAUAAAUAAAGGAAAAACUCUAAACCAAACCUAUUUUCUGCUCCUAUGCUCCUUCUGCUGGUUAUGCAGAAGCAGUAAACAAGGCCUAUUCCCAGAGCUGUGCUGACAGCAGUGAUGAUGGUGGUGCACAAAUUAGGAGGUAAACAAAAAGCCGUGUUAAUUUCAAGCUCCAUUAGAAACACAGGCAUUAAAAAAAAAAAAAAAAAAUCAAUGUCUCCCAAACAGAAAAGGUCAAAAUUGGUAGGGAAAGAAAGUUGGUUUUCCAGUAGGUACAAUACUUUUAAAUUAUCAUUAUUAUUAUUAUUUCUUUUAAACUGGGUGUAAGCAAGAAGAAGGUACUGGACAGUGUCACAUGAAUGACUUAUACACUGAAAAUAACUACCGAAAUUCUUUUUAAAGAAAAAUAUACUCAGCUUUGGCUCAGGUUGAAAUUGUUGUAUUUAAAGGCUGAGUCUAUUUUAAAUUUUGCCUGUAGGUUCUAUGGAUAUUCAGUUACAUUUAUAAUCUUGGCAUGACACAUUCGAGGGAUCAUUCUUCUGAAAAGUGUAAUCAUCAGAUUUCACUGUUUUCUCUUGGCAUAAUCUAUUCUUGGAUCCAAAUCCUUGGGACCUGUUAGUUUAAAUUUUAGGUUUAGUUGUGCAUCCAGAUUAAGCCUGGAAAUACGUGUGUGUCUUUUUGUUAUCAAGGUGUCUAGCAGAGGAUGACAGGAAGGACAAAUACUGCUUUAUAUGUUUUCAUUUUGUGGUAGUGUGUCACCUUCAACUCCACUAACAUUAAAUGUUUACCACUUCAUGUGAUCUUCACUUUGCAUAUUAAACUGAAUUUCACAUGGCCAUCUUAAAUUAUGUAUGGUGAUGGAUUCCUGCAGUACGGUGUUAGGAACCAGUUCUGAAAAUUAUUUUUCUUACUCGUUAUAGCUCUGCUAUAGUUAUAUGUGUUGAAUGUAACCUCCUUUGAUCAGGAGCAGUAUUUGGAAUAAGGAUGUUAACGCUUCUUCGUUCUCCAGCACCAGCUAUCGCAGCAUUUUACUGACACUCAUUGGUGUUCACACCUGGCUGUUGGCAGUAUCCACUUCCUCAGAAUAGGACCAAGACACAGUGAGUUCAAAGGCCGUGUUUUAUGUAUUAAUAUAAACAUGUAUUUGCAUGAUAUUUAGGUUGGUUCGAAACCAUCUUGCACAAAAGUAUGGUCAAUAUUUUUGUAGCAGUCAGGAUCUCUGUGGUAGACAGCACAGAUGAGAGAUACAAAGUGGUCCCAACUCGGUGCAUUUCCUUCCAAACAGCUGUAUCUCCUCAUUGUCUCUUCAUUGCAUCCCGAACACACAGCUUGCACUUCUAACUGUUAUUCCCUUCAGUAAACAUUAGCAUCCUUGUUAAAUUGGCCAUUUGUGUCCCAGAACUCCCCUGCCUGUCCGGUGACUCACUCAGACCUGCAUUUUGCACACCCUUGGGAAGCAUGGAACAAGCAAUCUCUGUACUUUCAGCUUCUGGUCCUAAAACUGUUGUGCAUCAAAUGCAGUCCUCCCUUAUUGCUUCAUUAGCCACUUAGAAGUGCAGUUGUGAGAAAAAAGUGACUUUUAAAGAGGAAGAAGUCUAAAAGGAUGUGCUCUCUCCUUUUGAUUUCAACAUCUUCGUUCUCUUUUCUUUUUACAAGUUGCCAGGUGCUUUCUUCCUCCCUGACUGUGCUGUCCUGUCAACCUUACCUGCCUGCCUACCAUUUCUUAACGCGGUUCUCACCAAAAGAGACUUACUCAACCUGACAGUGUUGUAAUUAAAGAAUGAAGGUAGCAAACAGAAGUCAGUUUGCCCAUCCAUAGUUGCACUGGGAGCAUGUUGCUAACAGCAAUCAGAUCUUGUUUGGCCGGGGAAUUGAGCAGCAGUGAUUUGGGGCUGCGUAGAAACCUGAUAUGUUGAGUGCCAGUUUUCAAAAGUUCCUCUGAUCUGUUUACUUUCGUGUUCAAUUUUCAGCUCUCUAGGUUAAUGAUCACCCAUUUUGAGAACAUGAUAUUUGUAUUUGUUUCAGAAAAUGAUACCUUUUGUCUCUCUAGAGUAGACAGUGUUGUGUUCUGUCAAAUCUUUGGUUAUAAACAGUCUCCUGUCUGCAAGUCUGAGGCCAAAUACUGCCCCUUGAAAUCAUGAGAAGCUAACUUCAGUAAGUCCUGGGGUUUGAGUAGCUGGUUUUUGUGUCUGUCUGAUAAUAAUUUAUGAACAUCAUAUUGAAAAAGACUCUGUGAAACUAGCCUUCAUGACAUCUAAAUAGUAAUGACUUCAGUGAAGCUUGAGGGCAUACAAAGUGCUCACCGUUUACUACGACAGUGAAUUCUUUCACAAGGCUUUCCUCUUUUGCAGCACAAUUAAUUUUACAUUUCAUUUACUGACACUGGCAUGCACUUAGCUUUAUAAUAUUAGUUAAAAUUGGUUUAUGAUGUCAGUCUUAUUUUUAGCGCACUGAAAGCAAGGGGAUAAUUGAAGUGUGCUGUUGUACAAUUUAGGGCUUGUGGUGGACUUGGAGAGAUGGGGAUGUGCCAUUCCUGCUUCAGUCGGCCUAGAGGGAAUAGCUCUUCUCUUUAACAUUUCAUUGUAAUCUUUCUGAUGAUACCUCAAAAUGUCAGCUUGUGCCUCAUAGCUUAAGUUAGGUUCCCAAAAUAAAUUCUGAUGUACCUCAGAAGUUUAAAAAUUAAAUCUCAGUGAGGUACACCAAUAACAUUUGAAUCUGUGAGUCUGCUGAAGUUCGGUGUAUCAUUUAUUUUGUUAUAGUUCUUUUUACAGUUCUAAGUUGUCUCCUGUAUGUUAAUACCAAUGAGCUGACUUUAUAGGCUGCCACAGGGUACUCUGGUGGUUAUGCUGAAAAGCUUUACCAGAUUGUGGUGGUAUAUUCUAGGGAAGUCGUAGUAACUUUCCAGGAUGAAAAGGAAUUAAGAAAUGUUUUGUCUGGAGUUUUCUUGCUUGCUUUAUAUGAUAGUGCUUUGGUUCUGAAAUGAUUGUUUUGCUAAUUAAACUAAUUUUUAGCUUUCCUACAAAGAAAUGAAUGUGUUAGGAGGUCAGUCAAACAUUGAUUAGAAUCUGGUUUGGGACUCACACUGAAUUCCACAACCUUCCUUAAAUCUUGUGAUGACUUGGAGAAAGGGACAUUCAUAAGUGUUUCCUGUCAGGAGUGAUGUCUCGUCAGGAGUCUGAAGGAGGAAGAACGCUUUGAGACAUCUACACGUGAAUGGCAUCCUACUUGACUUGCCUUCAGGGAAAAUAAUGUGUGUAGAUCAUAAGGUUGGCACUGUCUUUCAAGUUUAUGGAAAAUUUUCCUUUGUGUUUGCUUUUCCCUAUGAGAACCACUGGGAAGCACUGAAACUCGGUGUAUUAGGAUGCACAACACAUGGAGCUCAAAGAGCAGCAAGGCCUUCAUCAGCCAAAUGAGUCUGUCCGUGUGCUGACCUGACCUUACACUUUUUCUGUUAGAAGAGCAGGUUAUUUGCCAGAGUAAUUCUGAACUCUCCCUAUGAAACACAGGUUUUCUGCUGUGCUCAUAUCUAAAAGCUAUCUAUUUUUAUUGCUGUCCCCAUCUGAAAUAUUUCAGGUUAAUGAAACAAUGUGAUUGUUUUUAUCUCCAAAGUGUUUCAUUUCUGCUGAAGAAUAUCAUACAGAAGAAUGCAAAUCUAAAUCUGAGUGGUUAUCUCUGCUGAGCCGGUUUUAAAAAAAGGAUUAGCUUAGUAAAGAUCUGGCAAAUACAUGCCAAACAUUUUGUGAGGAUUGCUGAUUGUGAAGUUUUGUUAAACUGCGCUUUCUCCAAGCAUGUACAAAAAUAGCAACUUUGGAAAUCAUGAAACUGUGUCUUUUUCACAACUGAAGCUAUUAUGAGACUGCAGGCAUCAUUCUCAUUCCCUGUCUUCCCCUUCGAAGGCUGAACGUCAUCUCGGAAGUGUGCAGGAGUACGCACGGUGCUUACAGCAUGAACUGACUGCUCAAGGAAUAGGUAGUGCUUGCCAUUUCAAGCAUUAGCCAGGAAUUAGGGUUUGCACUGAGUCUUAUUUUGUUUUCAUUAUUGAGGUAAUUAACAAAGAUAUGAUGCGGCCUUCCUGUUACACAUGCGACUUAAAUAAGUGAUGGCUUCAAAUAUAAUAUUUCAGACCAGUGUUGCUGUCUUUAUGAACCUGCCUCUCUAAGCACAAGCAAAGUGAACUUUUGCAGUCUUCUAAAAACUAUCCCCCAUAAAAUGACUGGGAAUCCUUUCCAGGCCUGACUCUUGUGUACAUAUGAAAUCUAAGCUGCUUCUCUUUUGUUCCAGCCCUUCUUAGGCUCCCUCCCUCCCUGGCAGCUUGUGUGGACUGGCAAGGUCAUUCUGCAUUGCUGCAAUUCCACCUCACAUCACCCAUGUCUAAAUGAUGAUAUCACCUGUGCUCUUCCUUGGGAAGAGCUCCCUGAGAUCCACCACAAAGUCAACCCAUGGUCUCCUCCAUCUCCCACCUGAUGACUGUAUCUUACUGGAAGUUUGCCAGCAUUUGAGCCACUGAAGCGUGUUGACCACCUGCUGUCUUGCUCAGUGAUGUCUCACUGUCUCCUUGUGUUCUGAAUCUGCUGUGUUUGUCUUGUCUUUGGUACAUCUGCACUGCCUUCUGCAGCAUGAUGUGGAGGAACAGCAUCCAGCCAGGGUUUGCUCAGAGGAGUCUACCUGUAGGAGGAAAAACUUUGUGCUCUGCUAUCAUAGCUCCUUUCCCAGAGCCAGCUCAUUUAAACUUGGAUCACUGUACCGUACAUUACAGUCUAGCACACAGGCUUUCGUUUUGUUUUGCAUUGGGAAUGCACUUGGCAUGAGGAGUAGGGGAAUGUUUUCAUUACCAAUAGGUAAAUAUGUUAUCACAUGAAUUAGACAAACAAUUUGUAUACCGUACAAACAUUUGCAUACGUACAAACAAUUUGUAUACUUUACGGAACUGCCCUAUAAUGAUGGGAGAAAUCAUAGAAUCACAGAAUAGCAGGUUGAAAGGGACCUCAAGGUUCAUCUCAUUCAAACUUUCUUGGCAAAAGCACAGUCUAAUCAAGACAGCCCAGCACCUUGUCCAGAUGAAUUUUAAAAGUGCCCAGUGUUGGGGAAUCCACCACUGUUGGGGAGAUUAUUCCAAUGGUCGAUUAUUCUCAUUGUGAAAAAUUUCCCUCUGGUGUCCCAUCAGAAUCUCCCCAGGAGUAACUUGUACCCACUACCUCUCGUCUUUUCCACAUGGCUCCUUGUGAAAAGGGAGUCUCUAUCUUCUUUGUAGCCACCCUUUAAAUACUGGAACAUGGUGAUGAGUUCUCCUCUAAGACUUCUUUUCUCAAGGCUGAACAAGCCCAGUUCUCUCAGCCUUUCCUCGUGUGGAAGCUUCCCAGUCCUUUGAUCAUCUUUGUGGCCCUUCUCUGGACCAUCUCCAGCCUGUGCACAUCUUUUUGUAUAGUGGGGAUCAAAACUGAACACAGCAUUCCAGGUGUGGCCUGGCAAGUGCUGAGCAGACCAGGAUAAUGACUUCUUUGUCUCUGCUGGUGAUGCCCUUGCUAAUGCAACCCACAUCCCAUUGACUUGCUUUGCCACAGCAGCACACUACUGAGCUUGUUGUCCACCAGGUCCUGUUCCACAGAGCUGCUCCCCAGCUGUGCAGAUCUCAGCCUGUGCUGCACUCCUGGAUUAUAAUUUCCCAGGUGCAAGCCCUUACACUUGUCCUUGUUGAACUUCAUGAAGUUCCAGCAUAUCCAGGUCUUCCUACAACGUGGCUUUCCCUUCUGAAGUUUCCACUUCCCCACCCAGCUUGGUGUCAUUAGCAAACUCCAUUGGGUUACGCUUGAUCCCAUCAUCCAGAUCACUUAUGAGGAUAUUAAACAUUGGAACUCACCUUUCCUUCGCUGCUGUGCUGUUUGUGCCCUGUCUGAUUUGUCUUGCCGGGCAUCAGGACACAUACAGUGUAGUAAGUGCAGGUUUUCUUCCUCUCACGCAGAUCUUAAAAUAAUACAGUUAUUAAGAAUAUAAUGUAAGAAUUUUAAUUUCUCCACUGAUGUUGGUGCACAAAGACCAUGAGCAGACGAUCUCUUAAUGAAACUGCUGGUUUGGUGUUUCACUGUCUCUUGAGUAUUUUGAUUAAUGUAUUAUUUUAUAGAACAUUUCUGCUAUUUUUCUCUUCGAUGCUGUUUGGAUUGGACCUAAGAAAUGCCAGACUGCUCUGAUGCGCUGAUUUUUCCUACUAGCUUGCUAGAAAAGCAAGGGGGAGGGACAGAAUGCAAAAACUUGAUAUUUUAAGAUAUUUUCCAGCUCUUUUAGCUGUUGUUUUGUGUUGCUGUUGUACCUGCCACCCCUUGGUGAGAAUAUCUGCAUAUACACAGUAGAAGGCAGUGGCUGUCCUGAGGAGCUCACCUGUUGACUGUGACAGAUGGCAGGAAGCAUCAUGUGGGGGUUGAGGCACAGAGGCACCCAACCACAUGCUUUAGGUUCCAUAGGAAAUGUGCGCUGGGACAAGAAUGGAACACCAGCCUGAAGCUCCUCCGGAGGAAAUAUCCUCCUCUUAAUGGUUUUCAAAACGUCAUCAGGUAAAGCGAUUCUCUGAGGAUCCGUGUGGGCAAAAGCUGAGCCUCGCAGCUCCUUCCUACCUCUGCGCCACUUUUGGAAGCACUAAUGAGACCUGCCAGCCUUUUUCACCCGACCUAUCCACUGAAGACUGGAGGAAGAUGUGAUUUAUUGGCUAGGACCAGGAUGGAUAGCAUCAUAAAUCUCCUCUAGACGGCAACAAUUAAAGUUGCCAGGGCUCUGUGCUUUGCCACAUGGAGUCCAUGCGACUCUGACCAGAUUUGACCAGCUUAUUCUGCUAAAUGAGAGUGUCGAAAUGACCGUCUGGAGUUUAUUAAUAAGUGUAUAAAUCUGAACUAUAAGAGGAAAAAAGAUGAACGGGUGCUAGUAAAUCUAUGACAUAUACUUAAUAAUAAAACCUAAACUCUUAUACAGCCUGAUACAAAUUACUUGCUCUACUGCGCUGGUUCUGCCACAGCUACACAUUUCAUUUUUGUGAUACGCUCUGCGACUGCUUGGCUAAUAAGUGCUGAGGAGGGAGAGUAAUAGAUAGAUAGAUGCAUCUGGUAUUUAUAGAGGACUGUUUUAAUGGUGCUAAAAAACUGAUGUGCUCAGCAUUCCUUGCAGCUGCAGUUGCGUUCAUGUCAGUAAUCCUAUCAGAAGGGUUGCUGGUUUCCAGAGUAAUUAGAACCCUGAAGCAAAUAAACACCAAAUGAAUUCUCUUCUCUUGAAGUUAUCUCUUUUCCCCCCUCUUUUAAAUAGCCUUUCUCUGGUAUAAUUAUGCACCAGUGAUUAUAACAUUAAAAAUCAUUUUAAGUGAAUGAAUGCUAUUUUUGUUGUUGUUCCUUGCUAAUUGUUAUGAACUAAUUGUAAUUUAGGAUAGGCUUCUAAAAAUCUCAUUUUCAUUACAGAAUGGCUACUGACUUAAACUGCGUCCCGCCUUGAUCCCAGGGAGAGGCAGCAGCUCCAAGUCGGGUUCAUCCAGGCUGGGCUGUUGGCUUGUAGCACCUGUGCGUGGAGUACAAGUUGUUGCUCAAAGCCGUUUUGAUAAACUUCUGCCCUUCUAGCAUUCAAAACAUAGGUUACAUAAAAAUUUACAAUACUGUAAGCUUGCCACCAGGGAAGUGAUGACAGAGAUACUAUAUGAUAACAUAAGGAGGUAAUAGCCUUCCUAUCUGUUUUUUUGCGACUGCAUCUAGGAUAAUACAUGGAGCCCCGAGCAGCUUGUUCCUGAAAAGAUGCUGGCAGGAGUUCAGAGGACAAUGUCAACCCAUGCAGUCAUAUAGGGAGGGUUUGACUCUAAACUGUGGUAUCUUCACUGUUUAUCUUGGUUAUUAGUUUUGCAACAUUUGUGGCUUCAGUCAGAUGGUUUGGAUUUGUGCUCACGUACGCGGAGUUACGGUGUAUGGAGGCUCUGGGUCAUCGUUGUGUAAAGUCUUGUAGUCUGGUUUGCGUUUCUUGGCUCUUGUAUCCAAACCGGUUUCAAGAUUAAAAAAUAGAAUAAUAAGGAUCAGUUACAGCUACAUAAGCAAGCAUAUAGUAAUUGACAUUUACUGGUAAUGAGGUAUGAGAAUGAAAAACCCACCCCACCUCUCAGAUCCCAGCUUGAGUUUUUGAGAUUGGCUGUUAGAAGAAAAAUGUCUUUGUACUCACAAAUUGAGCACAUUCAGCCCAGAGUUACUAGCACAUAAUAAACAUGGAAACAUCUAGUGACACUUUCUUUAAUGGACUCAUUCUUUAAACUAGAACCACAGCUUUUAUAACUGAGAUUCUUAAAAUGCCUUUUAUAAUGUCAUUUCUUAAACAACCUUUGCUUCUGUUGUCCUGUAAUGGCAAUUUUCUGCUACCAGGAGGACCAAGACACCACAGCCCUCUGGCUGUGACCUGACACAUUCACAGAAAUACCUGAGAUGUUAUGGAGAUAUAUUCACAUAUUUCUAAAAUGAAGUUCAAGGUGGAGUUUGGGAAAUACUUUUAUAACAUUGGCUGUGCUCAGGACUUCCCUCCUUUCUUCACCCCUCCUGCAGUUAUUUUUGGGUGAGAGAUUUAUAGCGAUAGAGCAAAUUGCCGUGUUAAAUCUGAGCUCAGCUUUCGAAUCAGUCGUCGCCAAGCAGGGCCAUAUAUACACAAAUACACAGGGGAAAGAUGAGCCAAAUCUGCAAAUGCUUUAAGUCAAUGCAUCUGUGAUAGAGCACAUAAAAUCCUCUAAGGGGAAUUACUAUGUUGUGAGUUACGACUACUUUAUGCUUGAAUGAAAGCAUCCACUUUUAGGUUUAAGGCGGACAACCUCCCACACAGUGCCUUCAUUCUUUAGGGUGAUUUACCUUCAUUUUCCUCAGUGUUUCCAUGUUUUGAAUUGGAGCUUGUGUAUACUGAAUUAUAGUGUAUAGACCUUGGGUCAUCUUUUUCUGAACUUUGUAUUUUAUCCUGCCUUUUUUACCUCUUGGCUUUGAAAGGCAUCUCCUGAGGAAAGAAUGUGGGUUUUGUGCUUGUGAUACAUCUCAGAAGCUAUUUAGAUAAUGGUCUCUUGACAAGGAGGUGCUUAUGUUUUUUUGCUAAGUCUUUUCUUCCAAUUGUGAUGAAUUUGUGCUAUAUAACAGUGAAAAUAAAACCCCCAUAGUUUCUUUUGAGAUGAGCUUAGGAGUGUACCAUCCAAAUGCCUCAUGCUGUCGGAAAAACCUUUAACACCUACUAUUGCGCACACUUUUGCUGAUCUGGGAGUUUUUAAGCAAGGAAAGCAAGACAUGCUUCAUAGACGUGUAUCAACCCCAAAAGAAAGAGGGAAUCCAUUUAGAGAAGAAAACUCUGUUUCCAGGAAAAAAUGAAAUUACUGCAGAAGGUCCUAAAAUCUUGCAGUGGUUUGCCAAGCGGCAAAUCCCAGAAAGAUAUCUGAUCACAAAUAGCACUGGUGUGUCGGGUUCAGGCUUCUGAUUGAUAUUUCAGUCAGCUAGAUAGAAGUGAAGAUAGAAGUGAAGCAGAGUAAAGAGUCUAAUCACCCAAAAAACACACACUCACACAUAACACUAUCUCUUACUCCAGAGAAAAUGAACAUAGCAGUUCACUUGGAGUCACGGCAGGCACGAAAUAAUAGUUUCCUAGUCCAGAGAAAAGGUAACAAUAUAGAAAAAGGUGUUCUUAAUUAAUUUCUGCUCUCAACAACACAUUAAAAUGUGAACAAUUUAGAUACAAUUAAUGGGACGAGAAAAUAAGAAAGCCAGACUGUGAUACUGUGCUCCUUGCAAUUAUUUCCUAAUGCUAAAUAAACAUACUGGUGAGAAAAUUGUAAUUUGUAAUUAUUGCACAGUGCUAGAAAGAGCAGCACGAUAGCCAGUGCCAGGUAGGCCCUUGAUGAAUAAAACAGUUAUUUAUAGCAUUAUGCAAUGCUGCGUUCUGCCAGUGUAUGAAAGGAGUGAAUUGCAGUGAUGAUGUAGAUUGGGUAAAAGACCAUCGUGCCAGCCUGUUCCGGAUUGUUUUUUGGGAGAUGGAGAAAGGAGAGGGGCGGGAUGGCGAUGUCUAUCACAGGGAGAAAAGGCAAUGAAAUGCGACCCUCUUUUAAUUAAAGGCUCCCACAAAGUAAUUUCCCCCUUUAGCUUGUGAUAAUACGCUUUUGGCAGGAAGAGUAAUGCGAACAAAACACUCUUCCUUAUAAGCAAAAUCAAGGAGGGCAGGCAAAUUGUAUUCUGUAGCAAUUUGUUGGAGAAUUUGUCAUUUAUUUUUGAAGAGCGCUCGGAGCUGGGCAGCAGGAGCCGGGUGCUUUGCUUGUGCCUUGUGAAUGGCAGAGCAGUGGGGUUUGAAAACCUCUUAGAGGACUCCGGGGAUAGUGUCCCACGGGAAAUUAUGGAAAAUACCUGUCAGUCUUAAUGGAAAUUCAUCAGUCCAAAAGGAAAGUAAUGUGCUCUUUGGAAGUAUAUUUUAUCAGCUUUAAGCCCUCUUUGUGGUAACAUAAAAUAGGGUAAAUACAAUCGAGGCAGUGAAAUCUUAUAAACAUCUCCUCAGCUUGGGGAAUUAAAAAAAAAGAGUUACACGGUUUCCUUCUGGAUAUUUGAACAGAGUGUAAAUAAGUACAAGAAAUGUCUUUUUUUUUUUUUCCCCUAUUCUGCCAAUUUCUGAUACAUUUAUUCCUUAUGAUCUGCACAUUUGUGACCAGAUUGAGCCAAUAUGCUUUAUUUCCAUUUCCCAGCCUACAGCACUUUUCUUGUGAAAGGACUUUCUAAAGAUAUAUGGCCAGAAAAAGUGGGCCCUUUUUUCUUUUUCCCCGCAGUUUAUAUACCAUUUGGUCUGUGUCCUUAGGUUUUAAAGAAGUGCAGCAUUCUAUUCCAUGAAAUGGGAGAAGAUACACAGCUGAUGCAACUUAAUUAGUGUCUCUCAUCGUAGGGUCUUCUGUGUAACAUGCCCCAGGAAGGAUUUUUUGUAAAGGUGAGAUGGAGCAUCCUGUUGAGCAGAGAGGCUGAAUGACCCUGAAGUGGGUCUGCAAUUAGUCAGCAAUAGCUGGGAGAAACUGUGCUGCGUCUGACACACAACGCCGUGCGUUCCAGCCCGGAGACACACGCGCAGUGCUGGGGAGCAGCUGACGGCAAGCCAGGCUGAAAGAACAAGCUGUAACACAGCAAAACUUAAUCAGUGCUGUCCUCCCUCUUUCCUGCUCUGUAUGUCUUUAUUUCUGCCUUGUGCAUCUGCUGCUCCUAUUGAAGACAUUAUUUUAGCUGUUAAUGGCUAAAACAGUCAUCCUGUGGAGGAGUCUUGCAGUGCAAUGGGUUUAGGUAAAGGCACCAAGCUUUAGGAAAUGGCCAGAGGUUUAAGGUACAAUAGUUGUUGCUACUGGCAAAUCGGUUAAAGCUAGAGGGAAAUGGAAAUAACAAAGACCUGAAGAAAGUCUAAGUGCCAUGCCGGUUCCAAAUUUUACUGUCAUACUGAUAAGAGUAGGGUUAGGUUCAAUGUGAUAGAUUACCUUGGAAUAAUUGGCAACAGAACCCUUUUUGAUCAGCUGAUCCAUUUUGGUCCCUUUUCUUGAAUUAAAAACAAACAAACAACCUACACCACCACAGGCUCCCAGUCCAGUGGCUGCAGAAGCAGGUGAGUCGCUGCUGUUGGAUUUGUCCUCCAUCCAGAUGAGGGAAGGGGAAUGCACUCGCGUGUGGAGAGCGGGGGGGAGGAAGGCUGGUUCUGACACCAACUGCAAUAAACAGCCUAAUGUUUCUGAGCUGCAGCUCUAACAAUAAUUAAGCAGUGGAUGUGUCCCACACUAACACCAGCUGGGGUUUUCUCUAAGGCUCUCCACAGAUUUUCACUGCAGAAUUGGCUCGAGAUGCUCUUCCCUGACUAGCACAGCUCAAGUGAGAGUGGCCAUGGUGCAGAUAAAACCUGAGGUGCUUGUGUCCAUAUUAUAACUUCUGGGGUCACACAAAAGCAUCCUUGGUGCUACUGUAGAAACUUGGACAUCACUGAUGGAAGGGAUACAAUGCUGUCUAGUUGUUAGCCUGUAUCAAAGGUGGUGGCAGGGAUUGCUUUACGUUUUCAGGGACUGCUGCAGUUCUGGUAGGCUCCAGCGGCUGCUCUUUCUUACCCAGACACACUGCCAGACUGAACUGUGGAACAGCUGUUAGUGGCAGAGGCUGAUGAUUCCCAUUUGCUGCUCUCCAAGACGUGCACAGCAAGGUGUCUGUGUGUUCGGUGGAGUGCAAACCAACCCUGAAGAACCUCUUCAGGCAACCAUUGCUGCUGCUUUCAUGGUUACCUUCAGCCUGGUGAUCCUUUUGUGGGUAUUUCGUACUGGACCACAGUAUUUUGGGUUUUUUUUCGGUUGGAUCAAAACAUGUUCUGACCCCCUUUCACUCUGAAGGGAAGAGAGGACAGGCAGAGACCAUCCCAUCUGUAUCCUGAGCAGAACCUUCUUCCCAUUUCUUCCCCAUAGCUUUCUCACCCUGCUACUGCAGCUGGACUUCUGUCCUGGGACCUUUGACUUACUGGUGAACUCACCAUCUGAAGCUGUUACCUGAUCCUAAGGCAGUAUUACCACAUCCAUCAGCUGGUGCCUCCUUCAGUUUCUCAACUUUUAAGGACAUUUGGCUUGCAUCUGAUUUUAUAAAAGGUGUUUCUGUUCUGCCUUUCAUUUUGUGUUUCAAGGGUUCGUGGGGCUGCUUCUCUUCAGAAGUCUACUGGUACCUCUGGCAGAGGCAGAGGCAUUUCUGACCAUCAACCAUAGCAGGGUAUCUCCUUCAUCUAAAAUUCAUCUUCCAAAUUCCAAAAGUCCUUUUAAUAGCAGAUCUUCCUUUUUUUCUUUUUUUUUUUUUUUUUUUUUUUUUUAAUGAACCUCAUUACGCCUAAUUUGUUCAUCUUUUUGUGAGUUGCCAUAUGGUAUCGAUGGAAACCUGGUGAAAAUGUAUUUGUCAUCUCAAAACGUAUAUAAAAAAGUCAAACAUGUAAUUAAAAGCCUUCUCUUUAAGAUAUGUUCUUACCAACUAGUUACUUGGAACUUCUAGACCAAGUCUUAUCAGCUGGCUGGCAGAGGAUAUCUUGAAGAUAUUUGACAUGAGCCAGGAGGAGAUAUAAAGCAAGUGUAUCAGUAGUGCUAGAAGAGUGAAGAGUUUGAUCCUUAUCUCUCAGGGAAAUCUCUCUUGCCACAGAGGAGAAAAUGAGGCACAAUGGAGAGACGUUCCCUUAGUGCUGGAACUGUGCAGCCAGGGCAUAGUACAGCCUGGAUUUUUUCCCACCAAACUUGCAUUACACAACUUGAGCUGGGAGACGAGAAAGUCCUUUCAAGCCGCCGAUUCAGCCAGGCUUCCAGAGGACAGUUCAAAUUUGAGGCAGCAUUCUUCCUCCUCUGAAUAUAAAAUAAUCAAGUCCUAAGCUCACAAAGGCAUUUAUUUAAAUGCUUUCAAUUCAGUGGGAUGGAGCCAGCCUAUAAGGUGCAGCCUGGUAGGAUUUACUUGGACAAGAAUUUGUCUUCCAAGGAGUGAAGAGUUAUGUGAAGCCAGGCAGAGCUCUUUCUAGAAGAAGUCCUUGCUCCACAGCUCUCACUUUAUCAAAAAGUCUGACACCGCUGCUCCUUUUCCUGAGAUUUAGGUUAGAUGUUUCUCUUGUUAAACACUCUUCCUAAAAAUCAGUUUCAUCAUUCAUUCUCCAUUCAUUAAAUAAGGAAACUCAUCAUUUUAGUUUUUGUUCCCCUUGCUGUGGAUGUUACGUGAAUUCCACUGUGAGGCCAGGCUUGGAGCAGGUCUAGUCAGCAGCUGCUUUCAAGUGCUCUGCACCUAGUGCCUUAGGCAUGUCGAUGGUGCCAGCAAGAUCCCCGUUACAACUUUCCACCCAGCACAGCAAUGGGGAGUGUUUAGUUGGUAGGAGUGUUUAGUUGGAUGUUUCUGUAGCAGUUUAAGGUCAUCUGGGUAGAGGCUGCUGCAGCUUCUCCUCCCUAGAUUCUUGCAAGUUCUUAGUUCCUUUCUUGGGACUUGUACAGCAGUGUGGAGAACUGAUUUACUGAGUUGGUGUAGCCAGAAACCAGUCACUUGAAUGACUAAGGACUACCGAAGCAUGAGGGGUUUUGUGCACUGAGACAUUUGUCGUUCACGUUAGCACACUUUGCGUCAUGCAAAUACGUUCUCACUUUCUCCUUGCACACAAGGACACAGGCUCAUUCGUGUUCUAUUUGGACUAUAGAACUGUAGUGUGUUACAAAGAACGCUGUGUGCUGGAUUGGGCCUCCUUGAAAAUCUGCACCAAAAUAUUUGCUGUGGGACUGGCCUCAUUUUGGUCUGGUGGACCCAAACUCCGGUGGUGGGGUUGCUUCCCCAUACACAGGGGAGCGCUGUCGCUUGGGUUUGCUCCCCAGGGUGCUCUGUGUCCCCAGUUGUUCUUGGGGCAAACAGGGUAGAGUCACAGAACCAUAGAAUAGUUUGGGUUGGAAGAGACCUUCCAAGGUCAUCUAGUCCAACCUCCCUGCAAUGAGCAGGGACAUCUUCAACUAGAUCUAGGGCAGAUCAGCUUAAGCUCUGCUGUCUAGGUCUCUUCCCCAAGGAAGGCCAGGCAGUUCUGUGGUCUCCUCCAUCCAGGAAGGCUCCAUCAGGUGGUGUUGGUGAGAGAUGAGUCCCUGGAUGAGUUAGAGCUCCCUGGGGCAGGUCACCAGACAGUGUGGAUCCAACCUUCAUGCGGGUCUUGUGUUGCGGGGUUAGAAGACAAUCAGGCAAAAGGUCUUUCCUUGUAUAUUUAGCAAUAGUUUGCUGGUGAUAAGAGGACAAUUUGUGGAGAAGACUGCUCUCCUGUACCCAUCCCCCUCGUACCAAAGCUCUACCCCUGACUUCAGUAAUAAUUACUCAGAGUUAGAGAGUGUCUUUCCUCUUCGGUGCUGUUAUUUAGCACAGGCUUCAAUUAAACAAGCAAGCCGGGGAAAAUAGGGGGUGGUUGCCUAGUAACCAAUUGCCUUGAGAUCUGGAAAGAUACGGCAGAAUUAAGGGUUAAUUUUUGCAGGUGGAAGUAGAAAUGUCCAGGGAUGUGAGUGGUGGAGGUUUUAAGCUGGAAGGAUCUAGGACAUGGUUCAGAGAAGAAGUAGAGUUCCCACUGGGUUCUCUCUCAAAAUAACAACACAAGAAGAACGGUGUUUGUUUAGUUAAAAUCCACACUGAUGGAAAUUGAGAGAGAACACAAACAAGAUCACUGUUCGAGGGUGCUUCCUCAUGUGUGAUAUUUACAUAAUUUGCUACAGCAUUGCAACAUUUUCUAUCCCUGCAUCACAUUCAGAGUUCAAAGCUUGCCUUAAGUAAGCAGCUUCACAUGGCCACAUAGCCUACAAAAAAUGCCGACUGCUUUUGUACACGUGUUCCCUGGGAUAGCCUGAUUUUUACAAGGUACCCACAGGUGUCAAAAGAUCUGUAUUAAAUAGUUUAGGUUUAUUUUGAGAGCUUCUGGGGGCCUCACACCUCUGAAAAUCAAGCCGCAAUCAUGCUGCUUCAAAACUUCCUCUUCUGCCUUAUCAAGUGCAUAUUUUCACUUCUUUAAUGCAUUUUAAGUAGUUUUAGAAUUGGAUAAACAUAGAAGAGAGAUAGUUUGGGUGAUAGUGCAUGCUACUUCUUGAAAAUAUCCUUGGCAUAUGCUGCUAAACAAUCUUGAACCAAAGGGCAUGAAUCCAGCUGUGGAGCUGAGUGGCCUUUUGGGAGACCUGUGUGCCCACCUGCAGUAGAGGGAACAAGGCAAAUCAGAUGUAAGGGUACCUAAGGGUGCUUCAGCCUCAACUCUUUUACGGUGGCAUCAUGAAGAAUGAAACUGCAGAUAUGCAGAUUGGUUCCCUGUGAAGGUAAUAACGAGGCAUCCUGUGCAAUCUCUUCUUUGCACAUUAACUGGUACAUGUAGUCUGUCUGCAAUAUGUGCUAGUUAUUUUUUGCCUGGAUAUUAGAUUCCUCUUUUUCUUACUGAUGAAAAGCAGAGGGUAAAAUUAAUUCUUUGCACAUGCUGUUGUUAUUUCUUUGUGCUUAUUUGUCUUACGAAAGCAUUUCAGAAGCCCUCCUUGAGGGCCAACACCUCACUGCACUUGGUGCUUUAUGAAUAAGGACUGCAAAGACUGCGAAAAAUUGGAUGCUAAAUAUGUCAGAAAGUAGCAGGUAAAUGCAACAAGUAAAUAUGGGAGCAAAUAUAAGACAGUAGCUUUCUUAAAAUAAGCCACAACUCCAGCAAAUCCAUCAAAUUCUUGUAGAUAUUGUGCUAAAGGAAAAUCUUGCUAGAUUUCUUCUGAGAUUUUUCAAGAAGACAGUAAGGUGUGGCCUCACAGCUGUUUUGAACAAACUGCCCAGAAGUGGGAGCCCCUUGGGAAAACAUCGAAUUGUCUUCAGAGAUUUUGUUGACUGGAUAGCAGGGGCUGGUGUCCCUGGCAGAGUCAGGAUCAAUAUCUCAGUAACAAAUAAGAAAUGAUGGGUAAAGAUAGGCUCUGCUCAGAGGGACCUUGGAAGUCGUCAGGCAUUUCUGAGUCUGCUGCUGCAAAUAUGAAUCCAUUAUCAUCAAAGCGAGGAAACAGAAAGUGUCUUUGUGGCAGCAUUUGGAAUGAGGGGAAGCAGGGCCAGGAGGAUCUGUGAAGCGUUGCAGCCCACAGAUGAUGGACCCUGGCCCUCAGGAUAGUCACGAGCUUGGACAAAUUUUCAUGUGGAAAUGAAAAAAUUUACAAAGAUGAGAGGUAAAUACUGCCAAGACUUCAACAUGUUUUUAAUCUGUGCAAGACUGCCCAGGUCCUUGGUGAAGCACUCUUUGUACUGUCACAUCUUGAACUGAUAACUGGAUUCCUGUGCAUCAAAUUUGACACGGUUUGGGCCAGGUUCAAGUACCUAAAGCUAUUCUAAAGCUACCAGUUUUGUGUUAGGUGUAUCCUGGCAGAAGAGGAAUAUCUCUGCUUGAGGUUUUUUCAGUAUUUUAGAACAAAAUCCUUUGAAGCCAAAAUACUGUAUCCCACUCAGGGAAGGGUGUGUGCUGGGCUUGCUGUGCAGAUCCCACUUACACCACAACAACCCCUCUGAACAGAAGUGCUUUCCUGUGUAAUGACUGUAUUUUGUGUGGGCAUUUACCAAUUGCAAAGCAUUGCCCUGUUUCUCCAUUUCCAGUAAUAGAGAUUUUUAAGUAAUCAGCUUUGUCCCUGAGCAAGGAAGCAACUUUGUCGUUGAUCAUACUAUCUCCAAGCACAAGGUCUGCUCAGUGCUGUUUAUGUAGGACCUACAGGCAAUAAGGUUUUUUUAAUUAAAUUUCCUUGACCUAGAAUGUGAUUUAAUUAAAUACUGUAUUAAACAGACUUAAACAAAAAGGCAUUUAGUAAACCGCUAUGCAAAUUUCAAGGUAAUUAAAAUUGGAGAUCUGUCGACUUUACACUAUCUCUAUAAUUGAUGCUAAAUGUGAACAGAUCAAAUAAGUAGACUUUUUAUUGUGUCUCAUUUUUUUUUCUUGUGCAAGCUAAGAUUGCUAAUGAUCCCUUUGAAUUAUUUCCCUAUCUGAUCUGUUGGAUUCAUCAUUAGAGCGGGUGUCUUUGGGGUUGGUAGUUACUGGUUGGUUUGGAUGCACCAAAGAAGUCUUGAAUAAUACAGAGGUGACGGGGCACUCAUUAAAGAAAAUAAGAUAAAGUAUUAACUGAAGACAGUAAAGAAGAAAGAACCCCUAACCAGAAACGUUGACUGCUGGCUUUCCUAGUUAGGCUGAAAAGAGAGGCUCAAAGGGAAAAGUACGUGGAACCAAUAAAAUAGAAAAAUGUCCUCCAGGAGUUUCUAGAAUUGGAACUGGACCAACUCCAGUAGAGCAGGGACUGUAUUCAGUCCACCAAGAGAGCUGACUAACUUAAUCUUUGAGACUAAGGUCAAGAAAGCACUAAGCAAUAUUCAUCAUUUUCUGGCCAAGAAUGACUGACCCUUGCUCCAAGUGAUAAUCCAUCAGUACACACACUUGGAGAGCCUUUAAUAACUGCCCACAGUUAGGCAAUAUGGCCCCACAUGUUGAGGAAACUGGUUCUGCUGUUUGAACCAGUGGACAAAAUGGGUGGCGAAGGGUGCCCUUUUCCACCCAAACCUCACAGAGAGUCAAAAAUGAACGUGAUGUGUGGGACCAGCCUGUGUCUGCCUCUGCAAAACCCGAGGCUUAACAAAGCCAGCGUAUUUCUGUAUUGGUAGCAUCUGUUACUGCUGCUCCUGCUCUGCGGCAGCUGAUGUGACCCAGCUGUGGAUCAGCGUUUAUGAAGGAGCUGAGGAUUAUGUGCUCAAUAUCUUUUCAAUACAUCCUGCUGUGAACUCCACCAAUUUCCAGGGAAGCCUCCGGAGAGCAAUCUGAAUACUCCGAAAGCUGCCAGCUCUCCCUGUCGUUGUCCUCCGCGUUGUCCUGCCCCUCCUGCUCCCCCGCCUGUCCCCCCUUGCCUUGGGAAUUCAUCCAUCCCCAAACACCUCAAGAAAUGAUUGUGGGUUUUGCUUUCAGAGUUGCAGCCUGUGUCACAGAAAAUUAUAAAAUAUCCACAGCCAGUUGAACAGGCGGGAUUUAAGAUGACAAGAAUCUGGAAACAACAGAAUGUAGCCAUAGAUAAAAAAUUACAAUUAAACUUCUAUUUUCUGAAAAAGAAAAAAACGUGAAAAUGAUGGGCUCUCCCAUUUACUCUCCAGAUUACAAAGGAACAGAAAUCACUUCUUAUUGUAUUGAGUCCUUCAAAAAGAUCUGCCUUUCUCAGCGUUUUUAUAAAUUAGUCUGACUUUGAAACUGUGGUAUGUGGAUGGUUUCAAAGGUGAAAGGAUGAGCAUUAUUUGCAUAAUAAAAUCACAAAGGGAGUGAGUAUGCAAAAUUUAAUUUAUUUAAAAUUCACCCAUCCAACAUACUGGGCACAGGUGCAGAAGAUUAAUAGUAAAAAUAGUCACCUGCAGCAUAUAAAUUAAUGGCAAUGUCCAGAAGUAAAGGUUUCAUUCCCCACACUCGGAAGAGCCUUUGCAGAAGGGAUUUGCAGCGUGACCCGACUGAGGUCGAUUCUGUCAGGGCGGGAGGGUGAGGACGGGUGGCCCGUCCCCCGUGUGCCAGCAGCAGAGUUGCUGCGGCCCUUGGGCUCCACGUCCGAGCUGCCCCGGGCCAGGGUGGCCAAACCAGCAGCUCUGGGGCCAGCGAGACCUCUGUCUGAUAAAGGACAUUAGCAGUGUCCUAAAGGAUCUGCUCUUGUGGGCCAGAGACAUAAGUUUGUCACUUUUUUCCUCAGUCACAUCUCUGCAGUUGCUUGAUGCCAGAUGGAUGACAGGAAGGUAUUUGAUAGUUCCAGGAUCCUGUUAAAAACAGCUUUUUUUUCGAUUACAAGCAUCAGUGACUGUAAUGUUUGCAACGAUGCCACUACAUUUCUGACAAAAACUUGCUGAAGAGAUUGUGUUUUAUUAUAGUUUUUGUGUUACAUGGUUGGUGAUGUGUUACACUUAAAAAGCCCAGACUCGGACACCCUAAAUUCUUCCUGCGUGCAUCGUAUUUCCUAGUAGAUGGCUUCAAGAGGGAAUAAUUGGCCAAGGGACAAGGAAGGAUAUUUGAGCUUGGGUCUGAUGAAGAGCAGAUUUGGGCUCUUCUCUCCUAACUGUAGACCUGACGAUGUGACCUACAUCUUGCCUAAUUUACCUGUCCUCCCCCAGAGGAGCUGAGCUGCACACCAGAAAUGUCUAUUGCUCUCCAUUGUGGAAGAAAGGAGGGUAGCCAUCGACCUCUCGGCUGUUCCACUCUGUAGAUGUCUACUGUUGGCUAGAUUAAUCCUAUCCCAAGGGGAUUAAGUGAUGGCCUGAAAACAUUUAGUAAAUAACUAUGCUCAUGGUAUUGAAAUUAAAUCUGUAAGGAGAUGUCCUGGGAGGCUUCAUAACAGAGAUUAAAGCAUCUGAAUAUCAAAGUGUAUGGGAAGAACAAAGACUACUGUAAGAUUUUAAAUGGUAUUAUGGUUUGAAUAUAUGAUUUGCAAAUAUUAGUGGGUUUAUUUUGGCUGAUUUAAUCAAGUCCAUCUCAAAAAAGCAUGUCUAAAAACUGCACAAACAGCUUGGAAAUAACAGGAGUUGCUUGCCUUACUGUUGUGUGAUCCAUUGAUAUGAGCCUCUCUGCCCACUAAUAAUGAUGGUUGUGUCCAUCCUGUGUCCAAAUGGUGAGGAACCAGUACUGUUUCCAAGCUCCUGUGUCUGGCUCCUUCCUCAGCUCCACAGUGGUGGAAGACCCCACCUGUUUCCUUCUCUCAGCAGACCUGACACCUCAGUUUCUGUCCAGAGAAAGCCCAAGUACCACCACAGGAUGCUCCGGUGGGUCCCUCAGGUGGACCAUCAGAGGGGUGUGAUGGUGGAUCAGGUGCAUUUUGUAACAUGUUCCUACCCUACAUUAUAAACAGAACCAUGGUGAUAUAGUUCAUCUCAGUUAUAGAUCAAUACACACUGUUACAAGUUUAAUGCUUGGCUUUGCUCCCAAAGUCCAUUGUUCAAAGGUUUAUAGAACAAAUCAGCAAAAAAAAAAUGUUAUCAUAUAGGACAAUCAUAAAUGUUCUUCCUGCUUUACUUUCUUCACCUCCCCAUUUCUUUUCCCUCUUCUCAACUGGUCCAUAAUGUGUCUUCCUCCUCCACCUCCAGUUCUCCCCACAGCGCACAAGUGUCACGUCCCUGCCAGCUGCUCCCUCUGUCCUUUCGCUUCCUCGGUGGGGUCAGCCCCCAGACCAGGGGCUCCCAGCUUCAACGACUGGCAAGUCAGUAGUAAAUGGCAGCAGAAGAGAGUCUGCAGCCCAAAAGGAAUGAGAUGAAGGCUGGGGAGAGCAGCGCCCUGGGCAUGGAGUUGCUUCACACAGGGACCUGCUCAGAAGCAGCAGCUGGAGAAACCGCAGUUACCGUCUGCCUCACUGUUAUCAAACAGUAACUAUCAAGAGGUGUUACUGCUGAUGCUAAAAGAAGACCUGAAGUUGGGUAAUUGUAGGAGCUCUUUCCAUUCAGACAACAAGUCUCUUGCUGGGGAACAAGGAAGGCAGGAUGAGGUGAAUGGUCCCUGCUAGGCAAAUGUCACAGGGCAGAAGGGCAUCUCCACCUAAGGCAAAGGUGGGUUGAGGUGCCGCAGGUUCAAGGGUGGAACUGUCAGAGGCGUAUGGAGAUGAUGGCUCCACGGCAACAUUUUGAGUGCAGUAGAGAAUUGCUGGGCAGCAAGAGAGGAAGGGGAGCAGGGCGCGGGCAGAAAAGUGUGUGAUGUGGUCAGGGACUGGAGGAUAAAUUUCAAAGUGUUGGCAGCAUAUGGAUUAACAGAUCAGCAGGUUCUAGUAAUCUAGAUGCAAAUCUAGAGAUCUGCGUUGAUGGAGCUGAGAGCAAAUACUGUCCCUAAGAGAGCAGCACGGCGGAACAGGAGUUUAAGAAGUGACGCAGCAGUGGGAAGGACUGACAGAGCACCACACACAGACAAAAUUAGCCUGGGAGCGAUCCUUUAGCUUAGUUCCCCUGCCUUUGCUACAUUCCCUGAGGGAUGAAGCCAGAACAAGAACAAUGACCCUAAUUUGCCAUAAAUCCUCUCUUGGCCCAAUUUUCUCUUCCUUAUGCCAGUGGCAUAAUGGGAGGUCAUCUCCUGAGAUCAUUCCCUCCGCUGGCUUUUCAGAGGGUGAAGAGCUGCUGUGUUCAGUGUGGAGGAGUAUGAAAUCUGGCUGAUAGCAUUUGUAAAGAAAAAUUGUUGAGGGUAGAUUUGUGCUUCAGUAGUGCUGAAAAUACGUAGCAUGGGAUGCUGUCCAGAUGUGGAGAAUGCUUUUUAUUUGUUCUUGAUCUGGAAGAAGUAUGAGAGAUAGUAAAUAUUGUCUGCUUCCGAAGAGAUUUAUGGCACGAACUUAAUGUGAGCUUCUCGGGAAGGUAUGAGAUGAGAAUAUAAAAUGAAACAUGGGUGUUUAUAAUUGAAGAACAUUCUCCCCAGGGAAUCAUAUUACUUCUUUUUUUUAAUGAAAAUUCAGUCAACUAGAUAUUUAGUUAGCCCAAGGAAAUGUUUUCAGUUAUCAAUUAAAGAGAGUAUGUGUGUUCUGUUGCUUGAAGAUGCCAUAUCUUAAAAUGAAUCAGGAUGCUGGAUAAUUAUCACUUUACUCUUUAUUAAAUUGCUGCUUUUCCUCCAGCAGUGGCUGUAGCAGCUGUUCAGCCACAUUCAUUAACUUGUAGAGUAAAAGAUUUAAUUUUAACCACACAUACUAGGACUAAGGUUAUUUUUUUAAGUUAGUUUUUCAGCUGAUAUUUGAAUGUUGGAAUCAGUAGGUAUCUAAUCCAUUUGCUAUUUAAUAUGGUUUCUCACAAAGACAAAUUUCUAAAUACAAUUUAAGUUUGAGAUGGACUUAAUUAUAAAGGUGCUUUCAGUGCUUUUGUAAAGAUCUGCAUUUUUGAGAAUUUACAUUAAAAGUACAAAAUGGCUUGCACACUGAUUAAAGCAAGUAAAUUAGAAAAAAACUUUUAUAAAUUAAAAAAUGCUUUUCCCUGAAUAUCAAUAGGGCAGGGCUAAAAACCAUUUCAUUUAUUGAACAUUCACUCAAUAUUUAAGCCAAAGCACAGUUCUACUGUAGAUUAAAAGAUAUUUAAAUACACUGGUCAAGGUGGGAUUUCAUUGCUUUUGCAACUGCAGACUGUUUCAAAAAUUGGUGGUGCUGGAGUACAUAGGAAUAAUGCUGCAGAAGAAUGAGGAACAUCCCUUAAUGCUGCAGAAGAAGGAGGAACAUCCCUUCCCUGCAGCACCCCACCCCUCCUGCCACCCCAAAAGGCAUUUAGCCAUAAUAUUUGCCAGUAUCUCUGUAUGACAGUCGAUAGGACAAAUUUGUAAGCAUAGCUUUUCCAGCAGCUGGGUCUGGGCUAUAGUUCUGGUCACUGUAUAUUUGCAUCCUGACUUUUGGCCAUCUGUUCUUUCAGACCAUCAGAUCUCAUCCUAAGGCUCCUAUGGGUCUCAUAGGGUCUAUAAGUUCUGUUUCUGAGAACAUUACUGAACAGUUCCAAAUCUGUGGAAUGGAAUGAGAUGUUAAAUAGAAUUCCUACACACCUGAGAUGCUGAAGUUGAGAGAUGAUAGGUAAAGGAUAAAGAUUUGAGGACACCCUCUAACCAUGAGCACACAAUAGGGUACAUUGUGAGUUGAGUUAGCCUUAAAUGCACUUCUGCUUUAUUCCUGAAGUAUAACACUGCUUUACUUAGAAAGCUAAAGGCUCUAGAGAGAAGUACAAGGCUAAAAAUUUUAAAUUAGUUGCCACUGCUGGAAGAAGCAAUCACAGAAGAGCAACUGAGAUGGGAAGGGACCUUGAGAUUGUUUAGUCCAAGCCCUCUGCUCAAAGCAGGGUCCUCUAGAGCAUGGUGCUCAGGCCAUGCCUGGUUGGGCUUUGAAUAUCUCCAGGGAUCCAGACUCCACAACCACUUCAGGCAACCUGUUCCAGUGUUUGUGCUUCCCUUUGCUGACGCUGAUGAGAACAACAACACUGAAACAACAGGAGACUCACUGGAGCUCAAGUUUGUUUUCUAAGGAGAACUGAACAAAGUACAUUCAAUGUUAAGUAAAAUUAAAGGAUGCACUUGUUUCCCAUGGUAUGGUUAAAGCUUGUCGUUCUCUAGAUUGGCAGACCAGGAGCUAUUUUGCUGAACUGCCAACAUUAGGUGAGAGUUUCUGAUUAAGAAGCUUAAUUCUGGAAGAGCUGGAAGUCUGUGGGUCCCCUUCCAUGAGGAGGAAUUUGGGGGUGACCCAUAAUUAUUAUUGUCGGGUCAUUUUGAGAUGCAAAAACAAUGUGGUUGUGGAUCCUAAUUUUCACCUUCUUUUUCAAUGCAAGCUUUUUCUUUCAAAAAGCUUAAAGAGCAGUUUCUGGCUGAUACACUUUCAUACCCAGAUAGGCCCAAAAGUAACGCAGCUUUUCCAAAAACUGCAGUCUCAACGAUCCAGCUUUCCUGGCAGUCACAGCCAGUGCUCGAAGGCAGACUGACAUGUUCAGUCCAAGGGAAGGUUUAGUGCAUACAAUGAAAGGCCUUGCAUUGUUCUUAACCUUAGCUGUGAAAUAGUAUCAAGCAAGUGCGGGCAGGUUCCCCUUUGUGUGUUUUCAGCUUAACUGAAGUUUGAAAAGGGAUGAACUGAAUUGCAAUGUGGAGAUAACUAAAAAAAAAACAUGGAGAGAGAAACAGAGUCAAAAGGGUUAUGAAUAAGCAUCUGCUGAAGCUUUAAGAUCAUUAUUGUUAAAGAUAUUAAGAUACAUAGCCAUUGUACGCUCUUUAAGAUUUUAAUAUUGAUGUUAGAUAAUAGUAGGGCCAGAUGUUUUUCUGAGAGUAUCUGCUCUCAAGGAAAACUGUUUGGCAGGGCUAAGAGAGGUCCCUUUUGCAGACCGUCCAAAUGCGCUGAGUAGUUUGUCAUCUGAAAGUGUAAUGAAAGGAUGCCUGUUAGUUAAGGAAGCUCUCACAACAAAAAGGCUCAAAAUGACUCCCAGUCCCAGUGUGCCUUCAUCUGAGUUCAAAGUUAGCCUGCCAUCAUGGAGGAAUGUGAUGCAUUAAAGCAUUUACUUUUGCUUGUCCCAAGUAAUUUCGGUCAAAAUCAGAUUUCUUUCUUAUCUCACCUUCUGUCUACAAACCCGAAAAAUUACACACCAAGCCCAUCGCAGUGUUGACAUGACAGUCGUGUUUUCUGCUGGGUCUCCUUUAAACAAAAUCCAUUAUAAAUCUUUAUGUAUCGUGACUACUAUAAAUUAGAAAACGUACAUGCUGUUGGCUGUCCCAGGACCAGUGUUUCUGUAUAUUGUUUUGAAGCAUAACACAAAGCCCGAAGAAUCAAGAUUUCUUGGCAUGAUAGCGUAUAUUCAAAAUAAUGUUGGCUGGAGUCGGGACUUGUUUGUAGCUGUUCGGAAGGGGCUCGGGGAAGGAGACGGGGAGCAUACGGGGGAUGGCGAUCUUCCCCAGACAGUUGACUGACGCUGUGAAAAACCCAGUUCACGCACAGGAGGCACAACUUCACAGCUCUGCUUUUCACACGUUGCCGUCAGCAAAUCUUCCAGAAAUAAUCAGCACGGAAAUAGGCAGGUUUGGUGCUCACCAGCGAUCCCACCCUAACACCAUCUGGUGAAAACAAGAAACCCUGGGAGCAGUUUGUGCGAGUGGGUUCAGCAAACGGGUUAUAAUCUCUCCUGCAGUGCCUGUGAAAUGCUGCCCGGUGUCAUUUUGUAAAAGGAUAACGAGGAAAGGGAAAAUAUCUUGAUACUAAAAAAUGUAUGUUCUUGUGCAAAUGUGCAACCAUUUGGAUCAAGCUCGUGUUGUCCUGUGAGGUUUUAUUAAAUGAUCUAUACAAUUCUUAGGAAAAAGCAAAUGUAUAUUCUCUUUCAGUUUUAAAAUUGUGUCACUUUUAGCAUACAUUUUAUUUGAAUUCAUUUCCGUUCGUUGAAAAGCAGGGAUUAGUUUAGAUUUAUCUUUGCUUGAGAUCAGUAUGAUUCAGCUAUCACCGGAUCUUUUUGGCCAGAGCUGGCACAGGCUGCAGGGAAUUGCAUGGGUCUGAAUUUCUGUAUUGAAUGCUUUUCAGUCUUUUACUUUCCCCAGAAUUGCAGUUUGUAGAACAGGUGAUUUAAUGCAUUUUUUUUAUUUGUUAAAUAAUGAAAAACAGCUGGUGCAUUGCAAGGAACAGAGGGCCUUUGAGUCAUCAUAAAAUAGGUUUUAGCAAAUAAUUUUUAAUAAUUAGAUUUUUCAUGUUUUGUAAAGUUUCAUCAUUUUCUUAAUUCAAUUUUCUUACCAGAACAAACAUGAGGAAAUAUAUUGAAAUCCUCUUGCUUUUUCUCUGACAUGAGAAGUUCAUCUUUGGACAGUGGUUCUGGUUUUAUUUUUCUGCUUUCGGAUUCACUGCUAACAAUGCAAUCCAAGCUUAGCUGUAAAUGAACAUAUGACUCAUUGUCUAGAUGAGAUUUUGAAAAGGGGAUCUUUACAUGUCUCACUUGUUAUUGUUUUACUUCCUUUUUAAUGUUUCAAGAUUUGCUUUCUGUACUGAAACAGCAUGUAAGAGAAACAUGGUACUUUUCCAGAACUGGCCAGUUGUCAGUAUUGACUGUAAAAGUCACUUCUAUUGAGAGAAGUAUCUGCUGAUCUUUGAAAACUAUUGACUUUUUUAGUGAAUGUUGGGCUACAUAAUUGUGGGAAUGGCUUUUUCUCUUCUCAUAUUGCCAAUGUUUUGUAUAAGUUGUCAGUUUAUGAGAAAAAGUUCGAGAAAAGCAGUAGUCUGGAAAACAGUAGAAAAAGCCAUAGAGGGCAAAUAGAAUUAUAGGAAGGUCUGGAUUUUUUUAUAUCUAAAUACCCAGUAUUGCUGUGAUUCCUCUUGGAAUCAGUCAUUUUCCUUAAAUACAGUAGAAGAAAAAUUAAGCCAAGUGCUUUUGAAAGUAUCCCUGCUACUCUCCACAUAUUUUAAGCUCUCUAAUCAGAACAGCAGUUUAAAUAUUGUUGAGUUUACUGACUUAAUCAUAGAAUGUUGCAAUACAGCAGCAAACGCAAUCAGGAACCAGGAACUACAUCUGAUGGGAUGGAAGAGCUUGGGCUAUCAGCUGCGUUACUUCCUCCAGGAGAGAUAUUCUACUUGAAAAUAUUUCUACAUGGACUGGGUUAAAGCAGGUGAAUUUAAAAAUAAGUUGAGAUUGCUGCAAUCUCUGUGGAAAAGUUACAGAUUAUUCACGCUGUAUUGGAGUUAUUUAUACAAAGCAAUAUUCUGUCUUUUUUCUCAUUAAAAAAAAAAAGAUUUUCCAGAUUUUAUUACAACUCAUGCCUUGCUUAAGUGUCAGUCUGCAUGGCUUGCUGGCAAAGGUCGCGUUUCAAACCUCAAACUCUUAAAACUGUGGCCCUUCAUAUGGUUUAUCAUCACUGUGACAAUAUUUGGUAUUUCUCUAUGAGCUACUGCUUCUGAAGUUGUGUGAAAUUAUAAGUUUUCAGCUUUCAUUAAGCAAUAAAAAAGAAGUUUCUGGCCCUUCAUGGUCUGGAGAGAACAGCUUGGAAAUGUGACUCUUAACAACUGAAAAAUCAGAAAGCAGAUCAAUCUCUCAUAUUGAUUUUUCACCCAGCCUUAUGGUUUUGUGGAGGAGAGUCUGACUCUCAUCUUCUGCCGAGACUGACAAUGCUGUCAAUAUUCUGUCCUCUCUGGCAGUACAUUUUAUCGUCAACAUCAGGGUCUCCGAUUUUAAACAAAAAUAAAACUAUUGAUAGACAAAAUGAGAAUAGAGAUGUGGAAAAGGAGACUACUUUGAAAAGUAAUUGUGUGCGUGUGCAAAAACAUCUGGUUUUAAAUAUGCCCAGAAAGUUCCUUUUCUGCAGGAUUAUUUACUGUAUGUAUGGAAUUGUGUGUAUACAUAUAAGCACAUAAAUGUAUUCAUACGUGUGAUAUAAGUGGUCAUGCAAAAGAGAAAAGCCUUCACGAUCCUGCAUAAGGCUGUAUCAGGUUUAUCUCAAGAGCUUUGAUAGCUCCACAUGGUUGGGAUUCCUGUCCUUUUGAGAUUCAGUGCUCUGUUUUAUAUGAUACGUCCAAACUCGUCUCCUCCAGCCAGGAGAGAAAAGUACAGGGCAAAGUUUUGCUGUAAUUAUAGAUGUAAUAAACCACUUUUACAUUUCUUCAGAAGCAGUUAACUGAGAACACCCAUAAGCUUAGAUCCAGCAAUCUACUAUUUUAAGAUUGCCGAGAGCAAGUUAAUUUUAGGUUUAGUGCUUUGUAAUUUAACUAGAGAACUGCACCUAAAAUUUUAAGAUUGAGUUUUGCAGACCUUAAGAAGAUUUGCUUCUUUGAGUUUAUUAGUAUUUAUAGUUGAAGUGUGUUUAAUAAUUUGCUGUGUUAUGUGCACAAAACUACCACUACAAUCCCAGUUUAGCUAAUGGUACUUGACGGCAUUUUGUUUUUUCUCCUGGGCUGUUUUAAAGACGCUGUACUGUGAUCUUACGCUGAUCUUAAUGAGACCCAGCCGGGUGUUAAACGAGCAAUCCCCACUCCACGCACGCACACACGCUCCAGGAAUGUGGAUGUGGCUGUUUUAUUGUUCAAAGCGGGGAUUUAGAAAGUGGCUGGUGAGAGGUAAUUGGGACAGGACCGACUGUGGUCUGGAGGCUUCCAGGCACCAUACGGGAUCCAGACCUCCAGAGGAUGGGUGUUUCUGAGAGGGCUACAAACCGACACCAGCUGAAAAACUGCUCAUGCUUUGGAGCUUCCAGCUAAAUCUGGAGGGAAACAUCAGUCCAUGGCCCAAGACUAAUCUGAUAGUGUGGUCCAAACGCUCCCUCUGCCUUCAGCCCUGUUCUGAGAAGACUGGGUCUCUGGGCAGGUCCUCCUGGCUCUACGGGAGGAGUCCUAGCGGGGAAGCAAACAGCACUGAGACAUCCACAGCUGUCUCACCUGGUCCAAAAGAUGGAUAAGUUACCUAAAAAGUGUUCACUGAGUUGCAUUGUCAGGCAUUGGAACAGGCUUCUUUGGGAAGUGCUUGAAUCGCCACUCCUGGAGGUGUUUAAAAGACAUGUAGAUGAGUUCCUUAGGGACAUGGCUUAGUGGCAACGUUAGGUUAGCAGUUGGACUCGAUAAUCUUGAGGGUCUUUGUCAGUCAAAAUUAUUCUACGAUUCUAUGAUUUAGCUGAGCAUCCGAAGAGAGUGAAGGAAGAGGCAGGGGGAGGAUUAUCCGUUGUGUUUUUUGCUGUAAAUGGCACAGAAACACGAGUCGCGUUUGAGCACAUUCAUGAGGCUGCUCUCGAUUUGACGUGGAAAUCCAACUGGCUUGUACCGCGGGCUUUCCCGCAGCCAUCCUCCGUCUGCAAGGAUGCCAUGCCAUUGAAUUUAACUUACCUGCUUUGAAACGUGUUUAUCCGAAAGUGUCUUUCCAGACAAAAAGGUUGUGCUGGCUGAGCUGUUAACACUUGCAGGGCACGGUACACACUUGCUUCAUCUGCCUGCGGGUGCCCUUUAGACGCGCUACAUCCGAGAGGAAACUCUCCGGUUAGAUUUCCAUAGAUCCAGGCAGGCAGAAGUAAAUGGGAGGAAAAAAUGAGCAGGAUGAAGGCCUGAGUGUCUUUGCCUCUAUCGUACCAUAUAAAGGAGAGGAAAGUUUAUGCCAUUAAAAAAAAAAGGAAAAAUAUGAAGGAAACAUGUUUAAACAGCUAAAAGUGAGUCAGCAUACAGGAAGCUAAUGCACAUGACUGCUGAGAUUAUCAGUAAAUCUUUUUUCCCACUUCUUUCUCCUUGUUCCCCUAAAUUACAGUUUAAUGACUCUGCUUUUUUAAAAAAAAAAAAACACAACACCCUGUGAAUAAAGUAUAAAGGUUGCGGCUUUCCUGGAACCCGAAAUUUCUCUCUGUCCUGUGGAGAGGUCGGCUGUGUCCCCCUGCAGCCACCACGGCACAGAGCCGCUCACCCAUGGGCUGGGGGUGGAUUUUAAAGCCCCAAACAUGUUUUAUUUUAAAGCUCACUUGCUAAUUAUUAGGUCCAGGAGAGGAGAACUUUGAUUUCCCAGUGAGCAUCUUCAAGGCCAUUUUUUUAGCCAUGCACAGAGUGGAUUUUCAGCACUUCUAGUCAUGAGUGUUUGAGUGAGAAGGUGAUACUGUAGGGCCUGGAUUCUGAGCAUCUGCUGAGGCACUGAAUACCAAGGAUAACCGCACUUCUAAUUAGAGGCACCAUCACUAAUUUAGGGAUCUAAAGUAAUUAAGAGGAAUUAAUAAUCAUCAUUACUUAAGGUAUAAAUUAGGUGGGGUGAGUGCAACGCUAAGGUCAGAUUAUGUUUGAUCUGGUUUCUGUAUGUGACAGUGGAAAGAGGUCUCCAGAAGUCCUCCAGCUCCCUGUAAGGUACCUUGCGUAGUGACGGAUGCCAAGACCCCUUGCACCUCUAAUUCGAGAGGUCAGUCUGGUGUCUUUCACAAGAGCUAAUCUUCUACUGGGGACGUUGGGAGCUGGGUUUUGGGGUUUUUGUUUUAAUUUCAUUUUGUUUUUCCCCUUCUUCAGAGUUGCAAUAUACUCGAUAGAAAGGCUGGAGGCACAUGCAGUGGCAAGCCUGCUGCGCUAAUCCUCCUGGGAUGCCCAACUGCCUCGUUUCCUGAGUACACGGUGUUCAUCAGCGUAGGUUGACUGUGAUGCAACUCCAGCCAACACCCUGAGUGUUUCACAGUCUUGCAAGAACUUGAUUCCAGGAGUGACUAGAGCCAAAGCUGCUUUAGCUUUUCCCCUUCCUCAUGUGCACUUAUUCACCUUGAUUUCAUGCCCAUGAUCCGAGUUUGUAAAGUCAAACCACAGCUCAGGAGAGGAAGGUGUGGCUUCCUUCUUUGUUCUACAGAUAGACCUGAAAUAGCAACAAGGAGAAAGGAAAAUUUCUCUUCCCUUAAAGAAGAUGCAUCAAUUCAAAGCAGUAGGUAUUCAAUAAUGUUCAUCAGCCUGUACAAGCAGAGCUCCCAUUGACUUCGAGUUCAGGUUCAGAACCUUAUUCAUGGAGAUUUCCAGGGGGGGAGUCCUAAAGCCCACAUUUUAAAGCCCCUAAUAGGCACUUAAAUAAAUGGCUUCACAUUCAAGGUAACAACACUCGGCUCCUUGUUGAGUGUUUUGAUACAUAUAUUUCAAGUUUCAAUAGAUAUAUUUGAUAUAGAAUCAUACAAUAUCCUGAGUUGGAAGGGACCCAGAAGGAUCAUGGAGUCCAGCUCCUGUCCCUUCACAGGACAACCCCACAGUUCACACCAGGUGUCUGAGGUGAAAUGGUUGGGAGCUGCUGUAGGUUCAACCUUGUUUAAAAGAACAAACAAACAAACAAAAACCCAAGGAACACCAACACGGCCCUUUCCUGAAACCCUGUUUUGCAUUGGCAAGGCACGAAACGCAGAUUUCUACUCACCUCCAAGCAAAGGGUAAUAGCGGAUGUUAUGUUACUCUGAUCUCACUGAUGACUAUUUUUACAAAACAAACUACAGUACAUUUACUAGUACAUGAUGACGGGGUAUAAAUAAUUUAAACAACAGUUGUCAAAAUAAAUGAGCAAAGUGCAUUUUGUGAUAAAUCACACUUGCUUUUUUAAUGUGUUUCUCACUUAGCUGCAAAAUUCAGUAAUUUGCAGUGGAUCUCCCAAUCAUUAAAGCGAAUUAGCAAGCCUCUACUCUCUUAGCCAUAAUUUUCAUCUUAACUAGAAGGGAAUUAUUUAGUAUUAUUUUGGCAAGAGUUCCUCCUUAAUAUUCGUUUACGGCCACAGUCUUACAGUGUAAUGUAAGUUAUGUUUGUGUCCUGGUGACUUGGAUUUUAGAGCUGAAAGCCGAUUAUGAACAGUAAAGAAUUUCAGCUAGCAUAAAGAUAUAAUUGUUUUAAAUAGAGUUUAACAACAAUUCAUAUCACUGGCUGCUUGAGUCCUUCCAUUGGCACGCAGGUGCCAACCAAAUUUAUAAUUGCUUAAGGGGUGCAUAAUGGGAAGUUAUUUUUUAGAGGUCUGAUACCAACAUUAAUGUAUACACAGAGCAUACAUCUGCUUAAUUUGUCUGCUUGUUCGUGUUUAGGUUAUAACUUAUGUGAUGGAACUCUGUUGUCCUGAGUCUUAUUUUUUUCCAUAUAUAUACAUCUAUGCUUGUUCUCCUUUAUAGUUACCCAGGGUUGUUUCUUUCACUUCCUUUCUCCUGAAGCUGAAGGUGGUUGCCACAACUGAGCAUCUCUGCAUAUCAGAAGUGAUUUUUCCUUGCCAGUCUAUGGGAGCCUGUGAUAGCGUCUAGUUUUGUUUGGUUUUGUUUUGUUUUGAGCCAGGAUUAUUUAAAGAGAAAAAGCAUGGCAGAAAACCCACAAAAACUGGCAGCAGGUUUCAGCUGCACUGGGUAAUAACCAAAGUAUUUUUUAAAGCGUUUGACUUGCAUGGGCUAGUUAGGGAGAUGAGAGUAUGGUUUUAAAUAGAUCAUCCCUGGUUAACUAUCACUGUGCGUCCAUUUUGGUCCUACCUUGAAACCAAAGAGCAGAUUUCCCAUAAGUGUUACUCAGAAUAAGGAGAGGAAACUGAAACGCUUAAAUGCAGACUUUCUGGGGUGAGUCUGGCAUGCAUUGUGACACAAAAAGGAUGAACUGGAGUAGUGAAAAAUAUUUUUGUUUGGAGCUGCUGACGUUGUGGGUGUAUGCAGUGAUCAGUGCCAACACCGAGAGACAAGACAAGACAAAAAUCUGAUAGCCAGGUAGAUAAAUAGAUAGGUCGAUGUCAAUAAGGGGUGUUUUCCUGAUUCAUCCCCGCAGGGCAGAUUGACUGUCUAUGCGAGUGACAAUGUUCAUUCCAGAGGCCCAAGUGACAUCUUCAGAAGGGCUGAGAUAGUUUUGUCCUGGUUCUGGCUCUUCCAUCUUGGCCAUCAGUGACUCAAAUUGGGGCAAAUGAUCAGAAUCACAGAAUUGACUGGGUUGGAAAAGACCUCAGAGAUGAUCAAGUCCAACCCUCGGUCCAACUCCAGACCAUUUACUAGAUCAUGGCACUAAGUGCCAUGUCCAAUCUCAGUUUAAAAACCUCCAGGGAUGGCGAGUUCACCACCUCCCUGGGCAUCCAUUCCAAUGCCUGACCACUCUCUCUGUAAAGAAUUUCUUUCUAAUAUCCAGCCUAAAUUUCCCCUGGCAGAGUUUAAGCCCAUCCCCCCUUUUCCUAACACUGACUGCCUGGGAGAAGAGACCAAUCCCCACCUGGCUAGAACUUCCCUUCAGGUAGUUACAGAGAGUGAUGAGGUCACCUCUAAGCCUCCUCUUCUCCAGACUAAACAACCCCAGCUCCCUCAGCCUCUCCCCAUAGGUCUUGUGUUCAAGUCCCUUCACCAGUCUUGUUGUUCUUCUCUGGACCCGCUCCAGCACUUCAAUGUCUUUCCUGAACUUUCAGCACUAAAAAGGCCUUUGUUUGGGGGAAUAAACCUCAAAAACGAGUUUUUCAUGUAAGGGUACAAAUGGUAUCUUCCCCAAUCUAACUAUCCUACCUUGAAAUUUAACUUAAUAUUUCUCCGGGGUUGAGAGACUGUUUGUUUACAUAAUUUGAUUUCACAUUCAAUAUUAAAAGGCUGAAAGUUUGCAGACUGUUCCAAAAAUGUAACAAGGGGAAAGGAUGUCUGACUGCUCUGGAAACCAGCUGCUGGCAAGCCCUGAUACAGCAGGGCAACAGGUGGUGCUUUUAGGUCCCCAAGAGGUGCUGGAGAAGAAGUUGCAAAUUCGUCAUUCAUAGUAUAUGUAUAUGCACAAACAAAUCUAUGUGCUUAAGUUUUGUCUCUUUCUUUAGCUAAGCAACUGCUAUGGGGUGGGAAGGAAACACCAUGAAGUCCCAGAGACUAAAAGGAUUGGGUGCAUGGACGUUGCUUCUGGGUGGUGGGAGCUCCAUUAGUGCCAGUCAGAACAGACUGAGGUGAUUUGCUGUGCAGUCGCACAAGGACAUUUAACAGGUAGCUGGUAUCAGACCUUCACGGGUUUUUAUUUGGAGAAAGGGGAUGUCCACCUGCAUGGAAUUAAUAAGGAAAUUGGUCAACAGGGGACAGCUUCUAUUCCAGUCCUCCAAAUCUUUUGUCCGGUCCUUAAAAUCUCAAGUAAAGAUUUUAACACAAUUUAUAGCCAGCACUAGAAUUAACAGUGAUUUGUCAUAACUUGCUAUUAAGCGAGGAGUCUUGGCUGUUCCCGGCAAAGUCGGUAAUUCUGCUGCCAUGCGGAGAAGUGAGCACCAGCCAAGCUACUAUCAGAAGCCUCCACAGAAAUGACCUGGGGAGACUGUUUUUCACCUUGCUAGUGGUUCUAAAGGCAAAGUUUCCAAACUAAUUCUGUCUCUCACAAUCAAAUCCUAUAAAACAUUUUUGGAGUGUGUUGUUACUCAUCAGAAUGUAAAAAUGGCACCGCCUUACUCAAAAAAUCUGUUCCCUGGGUAUAUUCAGAUCCAUGUGUGCAGCCUUGGUUAACUAAAAUAGUUUUGUUGCUUUUUUCUUCCCCUUAGCUCUGUAGAUGCAGCACAGCUCACAGAUCAUUUUCUCACUGUUCACUGAGAUUAACACCCGGAGAGGUUGGACACUUGGACUAGAUGAUCAUUGUAGGUCGUUGUUGGAAACUAAACUGUUCUAUGAAUGAAAACCUUGUUCUUUUGCAUUUCUAAAUCAAAUUUUGAGGCCUUGUCUACCCACAGGUACCUCCCAUAUUUCUCUGUCUUCCCCCUGUAGCCAGCAGGAGGGAUCUCCCAGGAGGGAUCAGGUUUGGGGCUGGGGACAGGGGGCAGGUGACUGUCUGUGCACUGAUGGUAUAGACAGUCUGCAGAUGUAAUGUCUACAAAUAGUUGGAUAAAUCUGGGCCACAUUUUCAUUUGCAAGAUCUUUGCUGCUACAGCAGCCCAAAAAUACCAAGCGUGGUAGGUAGACUUUGGGUUGAAUGUCUUAGUUAACGUCAGCAGCUAAUGCUGUGUGAUAGGGAAUGGAUAUUUUAAACAAGUAGCAGCUGUCACCUUCAGUGGUACUUUCAUCCUGGUCUUUGGUAGUUGACUCUGUGUGGUUGCAGGAUGGAUCCAGAUCCUUACCACAGAUUUUAAAGACCAUUUAGAGAAAUCCAAUUAAGUUGUGGCUCUCAGAAGUGCCUUGGCUUUAAUGGAGAAGGUUAUCGAGCUUUCCAAAAACCUCUUAGAGGACGUUACAAAGGUUUUGGAAGCAGAAUCUCAGAACACAUGGCAAAAACAUGGUCUCAGAACUUUUUUUCAUGUUAGAUCUGGUGAACUGAAGUUGUGUAAAGAUAUUAGGCACUCAAUCAUGUGCUCGUAUCCCAGACACUUGUCCUGCAGGCAGCCUGCUCUCUGGGAAUAGGGGUCAUUUUCUUUAAAGGUCAUUGCAAAUGAUAUCUCAGCAUCGUGGCAUGUGUGAGUUGCUGAAUCUGCAGAAUGUAGGUAUUUAGUCGUAAUCACUUAUGAUUAUGUUAUAUACAGUCAUGACAGAUUUUGUGAUGUAUAUAUGUUUCUCAUGACAUUUUAGCUAGAGUUAUCAUAGGCAUAUAUCCUGUUAAGAUUCUAGACACAGAUCCUGUCUAUAUUUUGCAUUUAUUGUGCUAAAAAUAUUUUUUAAGUGUUGUGCAUGCUUAUGAGCACCUCAUGUUGUCAAACCAGAGAUGCUGGCCGUCUAGUGACAGACAGGGCGAACUCAUUUGUUCAUGGGCAAAUGAGUAUGUGAUUGUGCAGUUGGUUUGUAAAGCACACUUGGAUGAACCGCACUCGAUAAAAGCCAGAUAAUCACUAUUCGUUAAAAUUUGUUUUAAAAGAUCAUGUACAUACAUAGAAUUUCGUUUCUGUAUCUUCUACUUUAACUCCAAAUCAGUAUCAUUAAUGAAACUGAGUAAUUUGCUGUUAGCUGACAAUGUGUUUAUUGAGUAUCUAAAUUUAAAUAUCAGGGCUAUAACUGCAGUGCAUAUUUUUCCCAUGUACUUUCUUUACAAAUGGCUUAUGCCCCAUUCGUCUAAUCCCUACUUCUGUGAUUAUAAAAUAGCCAGGUUACAUAAAAACAACUAAAUUAUAUAUUUGCAUACAAUACUGCUGUGGCUCUGCAGAAGCCAUUUUGGGCUGCUCAGUGCUUAUAGUUUCUUUCAUUGAAAUGGUUUGUUAUUUCACCAGCAGUACUGCAGAGUUGUUCCAGUCUUUUGCUUGAAAAUGUUUUUUUGUUAUUCUACUCUGAUUGCUGCAAAUGAAGUAAAUAAUAUUUAGUAAAAUAAGUAAUAAAAGACCAUAAAAGAAAGUAGUGCUAAUGUAGUUCUUUCUGCCAUUUAAACCUAUGGGAUUUUUGUAAGUUGGAUUUCAAAGUCUUUGGGCAGAAACCAGCCUUUAGUUAAGUGUUUGAAUAGCACAGUGGGACCCCGAUUCAUGGCUGGGCACUGACAAAGUAACGCUACUAAAAAUAGUUUGCAGAGUUGGGCCCUCCAGUAGCAAAAGAAAAGUCAGAGAAUGCAUAAUUUGAAGAAAUGCUCUGGCUGUUGCCAGUGGGUCUGCUGUCCCUAUUGUUGUUUAAAACCAGAAUUAGCCGUGCCUGUUAUCCACAGCACAGUCUAUCCAUUGGCAGGCUGCUGGCUUCAUUCUUUAUUACCUUUCUAAAUCGAGUUAAACAUCCGUGUUCUUUGGGAGGCCACAGUCAGCGUUCGCGGAGACACAAGAUAGGACUCUGCAUUAUGAACACCACAAUUGUGGAGCCGCGGGCAGCAGCCAUCCCUCCCCACCGCCUGCCUGUGGUGGAGCUCUAAGGCAGAUCUGGGAAAUGAAUUGGUUUAAAGCUUUUCUCAUGGGCUUAUUUCACAACCCGGCAAUGAAGGAAGGGAAGGGAGGACUGGAGGACCACGUCCAUCUCCACUGUUGUGUGAUGCACCACCUGGGAUCACACUCCCGGCGCUGUGUGUGUGCUGGAAGCAGAGCCGUGGUCUUCAGCCCACGGGCAGAAAGGGAAUCACUUUGCGUUGCACAAAGGUGCAAAGAGAAGGCUGGCUUGGCACUGAACAGGACGACUCCUGUUAGGCAUCCUGCGGGGACACAGAAUGUGUGUGCUACGAUAGUAGGUAGAUGUUCCCAAAAUGCCAUCUGGAGUGUACAUAGAUAAGGAUAUUCCCAAUCUCAGCAUUACAUAAACCAUAUACCUCAGCAUAAGAAGCUCGAACACAAAGAAAAACUUGCUUUCCAACAGAGAAGGGCAGAGCUAUUGGAUCACCCUUGCUGUAUAGCAAAUUCAGAAGAUUUACCUUUAUAUAAUCUGGGAUUAUACCUUUAUGUUAAUCCAGGAUAGAGAUAGCACAAAUUAUUUACUGGUUAAAUUCUUGAGCCUUUGAAUCAGAAGCAAAAAAGGGGUUUUUUAAAAGCUUUUUUUUUUUUCCUUUCUGCAUAAAGGCAGUGGUAUCUGCAAGAUGAAAACCCAGGAUGGAUUUCAUAACUUCUGACUGGUGGUCAGGGUUAUAUUUAUAGCAGUGGGUUUAGAAAUGUCCACUGGAGUGGCCUGGCCUGUGCAACAGCAAUGAACAAUAUCCAUGUGCAAUGAAGAAACACCUUGCAAUUUAUCAGAAGACAUAAUUUCCUGAGACAUUAGAAUGAAUUUCUGAUCUGGAAUCUGGGCCAAGAGGUUGGAGACAAAAGUUCUUGUUGACAGGCUGUGCUUGAGUGAUCACCAAGACGUCUCCAGGAUGCUCCAUUAGGGCCACAGAUACAGCAAUCUCUUGGGAGCCUCUAACCAGAGAAAGCUGGAAAAAACAGGGAGGCCUGAGCUGUAGCAGCAUGUUGUAGUUACACCCUAGUGAGGUGAGAUCAUUUCUCUUUGCAAUCUCAGAAUUGAAAGUAGAAGCUGAACAAAAGUGUCAUUAAGAAGUUGAUAUUUAACGCACAUACAGCUCUCUUGGUUCCCACACCCUUUAGGACCAAACUCCAGAAUCCUGAAAUGUGCGACUUUUCCAGAGAAAAAUCCUUUGUUAGUGCGACAAUCUAAGUGGCAUCUCCUGAACAUCUCACACUGCUUUUCUGACCAGGAGGCUGUUUGAUUUUGCAGUUUCUGCAACGUUAUAGCUUUGUUUUUUUUCCAUUUAGGCGUUUUAUGAGUACAGUGUCUAAAUACAGCCUCUCUGGGAGCCUAGGGCUAACCUCCUGGUUGACCUCCAUGCUAACCUCCUGACUAAUCUCCUGGCUAACCUCCUGUCUAACCACCUUACUAACCUCCUGGCUAACCUCCUAGCUCAGCAGUGCCAGCAUCCAUUUAUUCUUGAUGCACCCGGCCUGGCACAAAGGCCUUGAAGGGUGGGUUGAUGGUGACAGUGAACAGGCUAAAAAAUGGCUUAGCAAAAGAUGUUCUGCGAGUGUUUGUUCUUGGGCAGCCUGUGAUAGUGGCUGGGCUUGGAAAACAAAUCUGAUGGCGUGGCUACUGGAGAAAGUUACAGUGAGACAAGUGGCGAUGGAGUGUGAAUGUUGAACAUGUGUCGCAUGUGCUUCUUCAAUGACCGCGCACCAAGCUGCCUCGUGUUCACCGUGGGUGAGGACACAGCCAUGGACAGAUACACCGGAACAUCUGGUCUGCUGUAAAUCCAGACGCCAGUUACCUUGCAGUACUGUGCUCACGGAGGCAUAACCUUAAUUAUCCCAAAUAGACAAAUGCAUGAUGCAGACUGAAAAUUUCAGACAUAUGGACAUGCCAGAAGUUUCAAAUCUCUUGUGGGUGAGGCUUUAGAAAUGUCUCGAGGGGUUACCAGAACUUGUUGCAGCUCCAGAUCUGCUUUUCAGUGAUGUGUCAGCACUUGUUUAGGAUAAACAUUAAAAGAUUUUUUGUAGGAAUCAUCAGAGAAAAUUUUCACAAAUAACUUGGAAAUCAAAGUCUUGUUGUCUUCUAAUGAGACUUUGGUGUGCAAAUCACUUGGGAUUUUUUGAAAAUCUUGUCCAUCUUCUUUCUAGCCAAAAUCUGUUUCAUGCUCCACUGGCAGAAAUUCUUCCUUCCUUCCUUCCUUCCUUGAAGCAAAAAUUUAAUUGGGAUCCAUAGUUUUCUGGCACUGGAAGAAAAAUACCACAUCCCAUUAGAAGUUUUCCCUGAUUCUUGAAGCACAGAAGUUUGUCUGCACAUGAAUUGUGAGAAAUUGUUUGGCCUGAGAUAAAGUGGUUGAACUUCUCCAGUUGCAAAUUGCUACCAAUCUAAUUGCCUACCAUAGCUAAAAUAUGAAAAGUGUUUAAUAAUAAACAAAGCGUUAUUUUUGUUUACUCUAAUUUUACUUACCCAUGUGAAUUCCUUUACUGUGAUGUCGAUUUGUUCAUAUAUUGCAAGUGGAAAUGAAAAGCACAUCAGUGACAAAUGGAAACAAUUUGUCAGCAUGGUCACAAUAAAUUAUCCAGCUGCAAAAUGA